AUGGACCAACCACCUCGCUCUCUCCAUUCAAACCUCCAGAAAACAUGGAAAGAAUUGACCUCAGCUGAUGCAGAACAUCUUCUGAAAGACAAGUAUCCUUCCUUACUCUUGUAUAAUAUUACUGACAGUUUCCUUUUUUUUUUUGUUCUAGAAAUUUGUGGAGGGACAGAAUUUAUUGCAAGCUCACUAGACAUUUGGGAGGAAUGAAAUCAGAAAGGGAAGCAGGUGCAUCUGGGUUUCUAACAGUGGGGAGAGACCCUUGACAAUGGCACUCCACUAGUCUCUGUACUACAUUUCCCAUGAUGCUAGUCUGAGCACUGAAGGCUGAGCAUUACUUUGAAUGCAGUUCAAAAACAUCUGGAACAAAAGUACCUAUCUUUGCCAUGGGGAUUCUAAAAGUACACUAUUGUGGACAACUUUAUACACAUUCUUAUAUGCAACCAGCUUUUUGGACACUCGUGUAUUUCAACAAUGGGCAUCAGGGGCUUCCAAUGGCUUUUAGAUAUAUUCUGUCUGCAGUCUGCAUGCAAUAUGUACCUGAUUCACAGCACACUUUACCAAAAACACGUUUUCCUCUGUUUGAACACAGAGAUUUGCAUAGUUCCAUGUGCACUCAAAGAAAUGAUGUUUGUAUAUAUCUGGAGUCACAGAGUUCCCCCCCCCCACCCCCCCCUCCAUCAUAAACCAACAGCAGUAAUCUCUAUUUAAAUCAUCUGUUCAUCCUGAAUUGUUAACAUGUACAGGCUUAGCUCCACAGCCUCUGGCACUGCUCCUGGCGCCAUUCUCAUCAUGCACAGCCAGCCUUUAGACUGCAAACAAAUGUGCUGCUGGCUGACUGAUGUUGAAGGUAGUUAUAAUCCACAACAGCUUCGUCAUCUUUAUAUUUAUAUAUAUUGCAAACCUGAAAUAUGAAACGUGUUCAGAUUUGUCAGGUUUACCCAAAAUACUACUACUAGUAAUAAUAUUAAUAAUAAUGAUAAUAAUAAUAUUAUUAUUUUAAUAUUAGUAGUAUAUCCAACAUGUAAAUCUACUGUUAACCCCAUGUAGUGCACAGUGUCACAGAUGCAGUGGAAUCCAGCGUGUAAAAUAUAUUAGAAUAGAGACUGACUUAACCAAACAGAUAUUUGGAAUCUUCAGACAUAGUGAAGGGUAAGGGUUCGUGAUGUGUUCUUUGCAUGUCAGCCAAUCAGAGAGGACCACUAGACACGUCACACCCAGAGAGCCUAUAAAAGCAUCCCCUGUUCUGCUCCAGUUGGCAAUUAUUCCUGGUUUCACAUGGAGUGCUCCACAUCAGCCCUCCUGUCUGUGUGCACUGGCAAAGCAGGCUCUGCUAGCAGUAGUGUAUCCAGCCCAGGACCCUGCAGGACAAGAGCUCAAGAUUAGGAAACAGUCUGUUCUCACUUUGCAAAGUUGCUGGAUGCUCUCCCCAAGUUUGGAUUGCAGAAGUAAUCUGUCUUACCCUCCACAUUCCACUUGGAUCUAACCUUGCUAUGUGUCCAGAUCUGUUUCAGGAGGAAGUCUUGCUUUUCACUAGCUAACAAGUCCUUCAAGCCUUGUGAUCUCAGCUCACCCCCAAAGCCUUGUUUUUACUUCUCAGCUGUUUUUUCCUCCGUGUGAUCUCCCUGGGCCAGCUGCUGUUACAGGAGCCCUGAUGUCUUCAUUUGACUCCCCGCAGUUGUUGAUGGUGUGUGUUUCUCAGAUUCCUGAGGAGGAUUUUAGCAUCCAGACCAACAUUGUGCAUAAUUUCUCUAACUGCUUCCUAGGCUGAUCUUGGAUAGAAGAGAAAUUUAGCAGCUGAUACCCUUUACACAGCCUGGCUCCUUCCCAGUGGUGACCAGGAGCUCCUACAGGUUUAGUCUGUAAGCCACCAGACUUCUUGGACCCCAUCUCCACCUGUACACCCUAUGCUGUGUCACCUUAUAUACUCAGAAAAACACUUGUAGAGCUAUUUCCCUGCUUCCUGGACAUCCUGAAGGUUACACAAUAUCUGGAGGUCGGAUUCAUGUCCAUCUUGGGUCUAAAGAGGUCAGACCGACGGUAGGUGUAAUGGUGUGGACCUUGGUGUCUUCUGUUACUAGGUACAAUCCAUAGAUGCAGAUAGAACGAUACAGAAUAGCAGCUAAGUGUUGUUAGUGUGGAGUUUACUUUGAAGACAAACUCAAUCCAGAAUUCUAAAUCUGGAACAUCUGCAGCUGGGAAAAAAUUACUAAAUUACAAAAAGAUCAUUUCUUCUGAAAAGCAAACUGCGUUCUGUGCAGAGCUGUAAAAUAAACCGCUUGUUAUGUUUAUUGUUAUGACUUUUAAACAAGUACAAGGGACUUUCUGAGGAGUCCAGUUGUCUUUAUCACUGGGAACACUAAAACACAUAUUGCAUAGUUCUGGACACCUUAGGCUGUCAUUAAGGUUAUCUGGCAUUAAAUGUGUAAAGUAUUCUUAGAGGACAGCAAUAAGAGAGCCAUAUACUUCAAAGGAUUAUAUUGUGUAAUUGUUCUAAAUCGAUGGAAAGUCAUUGAGUGAAUACUUGCGUGGCAGCUAAGGGUAUUCCAGAUGUACCUUGGCAGACCUGCUGUGCGAGGGAUGCUAACUUUGGCACUGCAGAUGUUUGGGAACUACAUCUCCCAUGAUGCUUAGCUUGGCGAAAGAGCUUGCAUUUCUCGGGAUGAUCACCAGGCUUAAAGGUCUGCACAGCCAAGGUCAGGCAAUAUUCUGCAGUUGUCUCUGAUAGACUGAAUAUCGGGGAACGGGGGUCGUUCAUAAAAAUGUAGGGGUGCCAAUCCAAUUAUGUAUGUUGCAGCCAUUAUCUAAUGAUGGGUAAUAAGAUUUAUAUCAGUAGGGUUGGGAAUGACCUGCCCAUGUAAUCUAUAUUCAAUCAUGCAGAUUUUAGGGUAGAAUUAUUGUUAGCAACUCUAAUAAUGUAAAAACUUGAUGCAGAGUUAAACGUACCAGUAGAUUUCAUAUUCACAUUAUGGACCUAGAAUUGUAUGUACAAAUCGAGAUAUAUAACAAUUACAUAUAGUUUAGUCGGGGAGGCAGUCCAUCCUUUAUCUAAUCAAGUUAAAUGUCCUGCAAUAUUGAGCCUUAAAAGCAUUUGACACUGCUACAGCUAUACAACUGAAACUCCCAUCACUAUCUCUGUUCGAGUGCAACUCCCUUUGCCAUAGCUGUUCACCUGCAAAUAGUGUCUAUGAGAACUUCAUGCUUAAUCCUUGAAGAUUGUUCCUCACGCCCAGUUUGUUAAAGCACGAUGACAGUAAUGAGAGUUGUAAUAUGUAAAAACUAGAGUUUUAAUUCUUAAAAUUCCAAAUUGAUCCAUUAAUGUUUAAUUCACCUGGGCAACUAUUGCUUUUCCACGAAUAGCUGCUGAUUAAAUCAAGUAUAAUAAGUAAACAAAUAAAAGCAAUGGUUUGUAACUCAGGGUAUUGUCCUUUCUGAUCACACGUAUUUUGAUAGAACCAUACACAGUCAAAUUCUCAUAGUACACCCCAAAAAUAUUUUAAAAGUAGGUGUUUAUUUAAUUUUUGCUGGAUCACCAUAAUCUGAAUAUAACUGCUUCCUAAAGAUACUAAAUUCUGUCCCAGUGCAGGGUUUUCAAACAAACACACUAUCAUUGCAAUCCUCUAUAAUCUCGCGUGUUAUUAAAUAAUACAUAUAGAUCACAGGCAUAUUUCACAUGAAGUGAACAUUAUGUCCAGAGAGAUGUUCUCCUCUGACCUCUAGUGGUCAUUUUGUGGAACUGUGUAUCAGCUCUGGGAGUACUGGACCUUAAUAACUCUUUGCAUAUUAGGAGGAUUCCUGGUAAGCAGUAACAUAGCUAUAGGCGACCUCUGCAGCGCCACAUUCUGCAGAUUGCAACAACUUCCAUCAUGGUGGUCGCCAGGAUUAAGGGGUGGUCUAGUGCCUUUCUCAGGACCCCUCUCAGAAAGACUAUGUGCCGAAACUGGGCUUUGCCAGCGUUGCCAGACUCUCCUAGAAAGCUAUCGCAGAUCAUUUGUGGUACAGUACCCUAUUUACUAUUUUGUAGCGAUAUGUUGUAUCUUGGUUAUGUGUUUAGAACGUAUAUGGGGCGUAUUCACUUAACAGAGAAUUAUGGGGAAUUCACAAGGGGAAUUGCACUAUGUAGGCCAGUCUACACCCAAGGGUUGUUGUGAUUUCACAUUUUUGGUUAUUAAGAAAACCAAAAGUAUCUGUGAUCUCUAAACAUAUUGCUUGGAUAUGAUAUUAUGUCACAAAACCUCACCUAUAAUGCAGGUGUUUAUAAACAAUCUUGUAGGCAGUGAGAUUAAUAAAAAGCAAAGCUAUUUAUUUGUCAGUGAAAUAGUUAAAACACAGAGCUUGUUGAAGUUUGGUUCCCUCCUAGAUAUUUAUUUAAUAAUUUUACAAAUGACUUAACGUGUAAUGUAUUGAGAGUUAAUGAAUUAAGAUUACAAUUCUUUUGCUUUUAUUUUGCAUAAAGUUUGGAGGGUUUUUUUAGAACAAAAAUGCAAUAUAUUCUUACUGACAAGUUUAGAGGGAUCCUUUGCUUGUUGUAGUAACAAGUCAGGGAUACAUUCACAAUAAUAUGCAAGUUUUAGUAUUACUGGUCUGUUACAGAUUAUAAAUAUCAGAUUACAAAAUAAUCAGUCUUCUGGUAUAAAGGUAAACUGUGACAUGGGUGUGAUAUCUCUUUAAACGUUGAAUUGUGAUAAGUUAAAAAUCAACUUAUAACAUGUAAGCUAAAGGAGAGAUUGUAAAAAAAAUAAAUAAUAUUAUUAUUAUUAUUAUUAUUAUUAAUUCCAACUUUGCUAAAUUGUACAAUGUUAUUGUAGCUUGUUGGGAUUUAUUUACCGAAUGUCAAUUUGUAGUGCAUUGAAAAUCAAAUUGCAAAAUUUAGUGAAUAAGUGCUAUUUUGAACAAAAAAAAUAUCUUCAGUUUAGCACCAUGCACAGUUUCACUAACGUUGCCUACAUUUUGCAAUCCAUGUUACAAUUGUAGCAAUUAAGCGGGUACACCCCUAUAUUUCUUAACUUGCUGACUAUUUAGUUAACAGAUCCCCUUUAAUUUUCUUGACUUUCUAAAUUUCUUAUACAAUUAAAUGUGGAAACUGCUACAUGUUAUUUGGUUCCAUAAUUAAACUGAAAAACAGAGCAGUCUUUCAUGUCUAGAUCUAUGUAGAAUGAAAGAACACAUCACCCCUGGCUGCCUUGAGAACUAAUAUCAGUUUCUAAGAGAAUUGAAUGUAGCUGUUCAGGUAACAAUGCAUUGUAGCUAAUGAGGUUAUUGUACAUUGAGGCAAUGUGUGUUUCAUUUCAUCCACUGAUGGGUUCAACAGAGAGCGGGGUCAGGAAUAAGCAAUCACUUGUUCCACAAAUAAAGUCUAACUUCCUAGAUUCUCAGCAAGUGAAGAAACUGAUUUAGCAUCAAUUCACAUCAGGAGGAGACCCAGACCCUUCUUAUGCUAAAUGUGGUGUGGUUGGAAUGGGGGAGUGGAAUAGACUGAAGGAGUUGUUGGCAAAACAAGUAUUAUUGAUCUGUGUCUGAUAACUAAGAGAGAAUUAAGAUUGAGGAUGCAGACUAGUUUCUCAUGAAUUCCUAAGGAUUUACAGUAUUCUACAUGACUAUUACUGCCCGUCUGAAUCCGCUGCAUGCAAGAGUUGGCAUUGUGUCAAGUUCAAAAGGUUUAACACAUGUUUCUAAAUGUUUACCUUAUGUUUCAAACACGUGGGGUCAUUCAGUAAAUCGGGAGUUUUGGCAAUUGACAACGGAACUUCAACUUUUAAGGCCACAUUAGCCAAGUUGGAAAAAUUCUCCAACUCUGCUGGUUUCACCUAAAUUGCCAUUCCCUUGUGAAUCGUCCACAUUUCUUAAUUUUAUGGAAAAAUAACCCCAACUGUUUAGCACUAGACUAGAUAUCUGUAUCGUAUAAGCACACAUGUUCAGUAUAAUCAGAGGUGUUACACUCAAUGUUUGGUCUAAAUAUCUUUUAAAAUGUCUCUAGUUACAUUUAAAAUAUUAUUGGUCAUUAUUUCGUAUUUUAUCCCAAGAUCAUGUUGUAUCUACAUUCCAUAAAGACUGGGAUUUGACAUGCUUCAGAUAGUUCAGAAUCCAGCCAUGAAUUACCUGAAAUGUCUGGAAGAAGUAAGGCAAUAAAUAUUUAGUGUUUGAAACAGUAAGUUGAUGAAGCCCUGAUUCUGGCAAUAUUCCCUUUAACACAAGAGUUCUUAAAACCCCAGGCAACUGGCCUCAAUUAAUGGCACUUGUAGGACAAUUUGUUGCCCCCUGCAGUGGACAUUCCUUUCACAUAGGAAAGAAACAAAUGCAUUGGUGUUGUAAAAGAUAUAUUAAUGUUAAUUCUAAUUAUAUUUUAAUAAUGGGUUACUAAGCAAUAUUUGCAGCUAUAGUCACAAAGGUUAUGCACAUUUUAUAAUUUGGUUCCCUGGCAAAAAAAAAAUAAAGAACCAUCCAUAUAGAGAUUUAAACCAAUGUGACUGGUCCUUCAUCAUUAAAAGCUCUGCACUUUAUGUAUGAAAUACUAUUAUGAUUUAGUCAGUGUCCUCACUAAAUAUAACUGCUACUUCACCAGCAGUUAGAUUUUUGUAACUCCUAUGAGGGUUAUAAGUAAUUCUGGACCAGGGGUCCAAAAUUGAGAAGUUACUGUGGAAAUGAUUCUACCAAAUGUUCCGCAUUUAGAAUGGUGUGUUAACAUUUUGUCUUCUAACAUUACACUCAUUGAGUUUAGCAUUCCACAGUCAAUUUCCAUCGUAAACAUGUGUCUUUGCAACUGUUGAAAUAAAUUCAGAUAUAUCAACCCCACUUAGUGAUCCACCGCAAUAUUGAUAUAUUAAAAUGUAACCGUAGUAUAGAUUCAGGAUAUCAGUCUAAAUAUGGUGAUUGUGCCUCAACUCUCAAGGUAUAUAAAGCGUUUAUACUUUAUACAUUUUCGGUAUUGGUGGCCAAUCAAGAAUGAUUGGUUUUAUAGUGUUUGUAAAUAUCAUGGUAUUGAGUCGCAAACUGAACGUGUGAAGGUUGACCAGUGUUAAAUAAGGAAGGCGAUUUUCUCAAUAAAAUAGAAUUGCAUUUUUCAUUAAUGCAUAAAAUACUGUAGGUCGGGGUUUGGAAAACUUUGGCACUCCAGAUGUUGUGGGCUACAUCUCCCAUAAUUCCCUUAUGGUCAUAAAGCUGGCAAAGCAUCAUGGGAGACGUAGUCCACAACAUUUGGAAUACUAAAGCUUGCUUACGCCUGACCUACAGUAUUUCCUAGCUAUGGCUUGUUUCCAUUAAUUUUUCUGUGCUUUGAAUUUUGGAUUCUAGAAAUACAAUACAUUCUGUAUAGAGAGUAAUUCUGAGGCUAAAGUGUAAAAGUAGAGCAAUCCCUAAAGAAACCAAUGGAGUGCUCCUACUAACUGCUCUGUUUUCCCAUAAUUGCUCAUAAUAACCUCAUCAACCUGCCAUUAUUAUUUAGGAAACAUCAACAUAUUCAGUAGCACUGUAUUCUAACAAAUGGAAAUAAAUACCAUAGAUAUGCACAUGGGGCAUGCCAGAUGUGCCAAGACACUCCCAAAUUCAGGGUCAAUUGGUCCUCCCUGUUCUAUAGCUAAGGCUUGCAAAGUAACAUGGGAGUUACGGAUCUACAACAAAUAGGGGCUACCUGUUGGACAUCCCUGUCCUAACGUAAUGUGCUACGCAAAGCGGAAAGCUAAUCUGAAUGGUAGACCAAGUAUUUAACUGUCCAUUUCAAGGGAUAAACGUGCAGGGGGAUACUUAUUUCCGCAUUCAUUCAUAUUUCAUGCCCCUCGCAGGCUGGGAGCUUGUAUCACACUAAUGUGCUCCAUAGUUAUUAAAACAAGCAUCUUCCCUAUCAUCUAAUGUCUGCGUGCUUUGGUGACUUGAAAUAAAUAGAAACAAAUUUGAGAAUAUUAAACAGUCAGGAAUUGCAAGAAAAGAACAUUGUAUCCUGCUUAUAUCAUAAAACUGCUGUUCUUUUUCAAUUGGCAAAACAGUUUUUUGCUAAAAAAUUUAAGUGCCUCAUAAGGUGUGUCCAACUGUAGCUGAUCUUUGGCUUAUUUUAAUCAAAUCCUAUAGAUUUCGGUGAAGACAUAAAUAUAAACUAGAAUAUUUCUACACACUAUAAAAUUGUCCUGGACAUAAUUGGGACAUCAGGUAUCUUGUUCUACAUCUAUAAUUACAAAGCCCAAGUAAAGAUGUUCAGUACAUGUCUCACUAAUUCAGGGGUAAUCAAUGUUCUAAACCACUUCAGAUGAUGUGGACUACAUUUCCCCAGAUGAUUUGCCAGCUUUAUGGCUGUCAAAGCAUUAUGGUAGAUGUAGUCCACAACAUCUGGAGUGCCGAAGGUUGCCUAGCCUUUCAUUAAUGGCUGCAGGAUACAUGGAUGGACGUAGAGGUUGGAAGACCGCUGGUUGUUGACUUUCUGUGUGUUAAGAACUGGUCUAAUCCUGUUGUGUAUGUGUGUGGUCUAGUUUUUAAACAUAAAGAGUUAAAUUAAGUAAAAACAAAUUUCUAUUUCUGCUUUGCAUACACAUUUCGAGUGCUUCCCACACAGAGUAUUUUCGUAGUGUAAACUUUGCUUUUACUAGGUUCUUGUAGACAUGCAAUGACUUUGUGAACCUUUCUGACUCCACAACCAGCUUUACCAAUGAGAGUUUAAUUAACCCCUUGGGAAUAAAUUGGGUGUUUAUAUAAGUAUAGGUAUGGAGAAUGUGUGAAAUUAGUCAUUCAGUAGGCUGUGUGUGAAAGGAUCCUGACCUGUACACUGUGUCUGAGGUUUUGCUGGUAACGUGUUCAACAGACUACAACUAAUUUGAGGAAAUAAAUAGAAACCAAAAGAUCUUGAUUCUAAAUUAGUAAUUUAUUUUAUUUAGUUGCCAUUUUGUGUUUUUGCUGGCCUCUGUAAAUGUUAUAUUGGUGUUUUCUAAACAAUCACAGGGUUAGUCAGUUAAGUGGCAAUUCUCACAAAUUCAAAGUAAAGGUCACAGACUGCCAGAGUGGGACUGCUGACUUCAUUUUUUUUUUUUUCAUUCCAGCUAUUUUUGCCUAAAAUAAUCACCAUGCAUCCACCCAGCAAUAAUAACAUAGCAGAGGGAAUUAGUAUAUUACAGGCUCACUUUUACCUUGUAGACUGAAAGUUAAACAUGAUGUCACACAAUGAUAGUACCAGAUCAGAACACAACUUUACAUGUCAUCCUCUAGCAGUGAUUUGUAGGUGAUCUCCAACUUACUCCUGGCAGACUUUGUUUGCAAGCUCAAAAUCAUCUGUGCAGCUAAUAAUGCAGUCAAACUGUAGGAAGGGGAGGAUGAAACAUGGAUAUGUUUUUAAGCAAUCAUUUUUAAAUGGUCUCCCACCUCCCACCCUGCAUUGAGUUUCAUAGCUUUUCUUUUUCCAGGUAUAUAAGUUCUCAGGAUCCAUCACUUUUUCUCUGCUUUUUCCGAUUUUUCUCGGCUGAAUAUGCUCUAGUCCACUGAAUUGACCAAAAAUGAGCACAGCCUAGCUGUGGGCCUGCACAUAUUUGGCAGAUGAAAAAUGUAUCCCCAUGGUAUUUGGGUGCUCUAAAAACUGAGGGUUCUAUAUUUGGCUUACUUGUUUUGUGAUAACGUUGGCAUGGGGUCAAAUAUAUUUUUCAUAGCGCACAAUUAAUUCAGCCUAGUGGAAUGGAAGCUUGGAUGAUGAAAUACAAUAAUUGAUUUAUACUAAACCUAGUAAUCUAUCAAUUACCUUUUUGACCAGAAAUGGUAGACUGAUGGGAAUGAAGCAGCAGGUUUCUAGAGAGGAUGUGAACGUAGGAAAUAGUUAUUAGCAGGGUUAUUCACUAAAGUGAGAAUUUUUGAGAUUUCAAAGUGAAUUAAAGUUGAAUUUUAAUUAUAAGACCAUAAUAGCUAAACUAGAAAAAUUCUUCAAGUCAAUUGUGCUUCCUAUUCAGCUGCGUUUUCUCCGAAAUUUGAAUUCACUUUGAAUUCACUUCGAGUUUCUGACAAUUAUCAUUAAAAAGAUAACCAUGUAAGUGUAAUGUUAUAGUAAAAGUGAACAAAUAGAUGGUGAAAGGAAGGUAUGAACACUCAUUUAUGAAAUGCUGUGAGGUUGCCACAGGGAGAUGGAUGCAAUGGGGAGAUGAUAUGCAAUGAUGGAUGGGUUAACGAGUUAAAGGGAUCCUGGAUAUUUUUCUUUGAAGUACAGGACUUUGUGCCAACAUAUUCCUAAAAAUGUUUAGGGAUAAAGUUAAUAUCUUUAGCAAUAUCACACAGAUUAGCAUUUUAUGUAUAUUAAUCAAAUGAAAACAAACAGCAAAAAGUUCUAAGAACUGUAGCAAAAGACAUCUGAUGGAAUGAGACACAUCAGUGGUCAGACAACGCAAAUAAGGAUAGACAUGGUAUGGAUCCGUUCACAUAAAGCCAGAUGCACUGCUCUCUUCAUGCAACUCUUUUUACAUAUGGGAGAUCAUACAUCUCUGUCUUUUGGAGCAGAUGGUAAUACAUUCCAUAACUAUCGGAUCCCCCUUCCCUUUCCUUUACAUCUGUGAUCUGUAGUCAAGAAAAAUCAGAUGUGGCAAGUGUACAGGUUAAUGUUUUCACCUGACCCACGUUUGCUGUCUUUUUUAAAUGCGCUACCCAGACAUUUAAACACUUUUAAAGCUUUGUGAGAGCUGCUCUGUUAUGCCAAGUUAAUUUAAGCUGAAAGCACAUUAAUUCCAACUCACCUUCAAGUUAAGCUGUGAGCAGGUACCAUUACCAAGAAAUGGAAUUAAAGUAUUUCUUUGUACUUGCAAUGCUGUUAUCAACCUGUUAAAUUUACACAGGGCAAUGUGAACUUGAAGAAAACAGUCUGAAGCUGUCUGUUUGAUGUAUAUGUGGACUGGUUGAAGCUUUAACAGAGAGAUCACUCACUGUAUGUAAUGACAUAUACUUUCAGUUUCAUAGUGUGCACACUCUCAAAGCAUGCCUCUUUACAAGUUAAUUCCAACGUGUAAUUCCAAAGUACUAAGCAUGUGAUUAUGUGCCUGUAUCUGGGAUUCUCCUUAGAAUAGGUUCUUAAAUUGGGAUCUACCUUAAAAGGUGGUCAAUGAGCAUAUUAUCAUAUUUUCCUCUAGAUAAAGCAUCUCUACUAAAUGAGGACUACUAAACUAUAUUGGAAGGUAGGUGGCAUUCUAAACAUUGGAAUGUACAUAGUGAAUCUGGAUUUAACAGGUUAGUAGUCUGCAAAAUAGUGGUUAUAAAAAAAAGAGAAGAAAAUGUUUUGGUCGAAUUCUCUUAACGUGAAACACAGAUGCCAGUCACUCUAGUGCUGAAUGUAUCAAUGAAUGCCUACAUUAUGAUUGCUUAUUUUUUUUAAUUUUCUUAAUUUCAAAGGUCCCUUUCUUGGAAUUCUUUCUAAGAUGAAGUUAUGGGCUAUUCUGGCUGUCUGCAUUUUGCUGCUAAACUCUGUGUCCAACACUCCGUUGCCCUCAAACUGGUUAGCUAGUAAGAAAAUAAUUCAGCUACAAGAACUUCAAAAGGACGAAGAGGACCAAGCUUUGGGGAUGUAUGAAACAGGUCCUGAAGAUCCCACUGCCAACUUGGCACCACAACAAGAUGUCCAAAUUUACUGUAAGGAUCCAUAUUCUUCACAUUCUGUUUUUAUAAUUGUUUUAUUGCCAUAUUAGUAUCUCAUUAACUAACCUUAAUGUAGACAUUGGUAAACAUGUCUCUACUGUGUAGAUUACACGAUUACAACAUGACAAUGACGUUGACCAGAAAGUGACUACAUUCAGUGUGUAGAAACUUUGAAGCUACCCUUUUAGUUUGUUUUUUGGUAAUUAUUUUUGCAUAUGUCGUUGUUUUGUUUAAUACAUGAUAUAGUGCAUUUUGAAAGGGAGGUUACUUUGACCCCCUGCACCAUUCCUUUUAUACGAUAUUGACCAUUCAAAGUGAAUGGCUGCUUUCCGUGUGAAAUUAAACAGAUAUAUUUGUGCACAAAAUCAGAGCUUUUAUGACACUGUAAAAUGACACCAAGAGUUGCAAUCAAAACUAAAAGAAUGGAUAACGUGCCAGGAAAAAGAGGAACCGAUCGUUAAGGGAAUAGAACAAGUCAGGAAUAGAAUUAAGGACAGGCUCAGGGCUGAGUGUAAGGAAUCAUGGAGGACAUUUAUCAAAGCAAACAAAGUACUAUUUUGUUACAAAUUGCUAAAUAUGGAGCAAUCACCAUGGUAACCUAUAGAAUGUAUCUGAUUAUUUGGAAUUUUGCACUGAAAAUAACACCUGUUUGCCUUGGUAAAUGUAAUAAUAUGAGGAAUAGUGCUCUAUGAGUAAGGUAAAUUUUGAUUAAGUUUAGUCUCUGCAGUCUCCCUUGUUCUGGCCACCUGCUGUAUGUGUGCUCUCGAUUUGCAUAAAAAUACACAGCCGAGCUAAUUUCCCCUGGUGAUUAUAAACAUUCACACGUAGGGAUUUACAAUAUGUCAGAAGUUAUAGGCCGACAGCAAUUCAUAUAUCACAGUAAAAGUGGUGUCUGCAACAAAUUACCCCUUGCAUCCCUUGCCUAGCUGCAUUGCUAGAUCUGGGGGGAGUGCUUUUGGCUGACUUUCUCCAUUGAAAACCAAAUUAGAUGAAAGCCAUAAUUUUCUAAAUAUCCUAACCUAUAAAGGCAUAAUUCCUUGUGGAACAAAAAGGCAUACUAUCCUGGUAAGUAAUGAUACAAUCUGCAAAGCGGGACAGUCUUGCUAUGCCUGCAAGGACUUCGAGUCUCUUGUAGAGGUAUAAAAAAAUUACAACAAAUUACAAACAUCUUGAAGUUGAAUAACAUCAAUGUGUAGGUUCUUUUUUUUUUUUUUAAGCCUAUGCUAAAUAUUAAAUAUAACAGUUUUUUUUUUAGAUUGUUUACUCUUUAAUGCUCUCUCCAUAUCCUGUCCUUCCCAUAGGAAAGCAUUGGAUUGGCUGAGAUUGUCAAUUCAGAUUAUCUCAGCCAAGGAGGCACACUGGGGGCAGAACCAAAUGCAGCCCUGGCCAAUCAGCAUCUCAUAGAGAUGCAUUGAAUCAGUGCAUCUCUAUGAGGAAAGUUCAGUGUGGAGGGUGGAGACACUGAAUGGUAGUGCUGCACACUGUACAGCACUGCCCCAGGAAGCACUUCUAGCAGCCAUAUGAGGAGUGGCCACUGGAGGCAUCCCUAGGCUGUAAUAUAAACACUAUCUUUCUCUGAAAAGACAGUGAUUACAUCAAAAAGCCUGUAGGAACUGACUAUACUCACCAGAACUACAUUAAGCUGUAGUUAUUCUGAUGACUAUAGUGUUCAUUUAAUUUGUGGGGAAUUUACUACAUUAAAAGCAACAUCUAUGUUAGGGCUGUAAGUUAUUUAUGAUACACUGGCAGGUUUUCAAAAUCCUUGACGUGAAUUACAGCAUGUUGACCAAUAACCAACAGACAAUUUAUUUAAUUCCAUAUUUUGAUCAUUUUGCAUUAUAUCAUAGCGUUACUCUUUUUAGAUAAUGCUUUUAAACAGAGACAAGAUUACUUUAACAUAACCUUUCAAGGAUUUGACUAAAACCAGAUGAAAAAAGACAAGCUGACAUUUGACAGUAUAGCUAAAAAAUGUGAUUGCUUUUUUCAUGGUUAUUGGGAGAUUAGUAUUUAAAAGAAUACAUUUCAGUUUGUUUUCUUCUUUUGAAAUUUACUCUCAAAAGGAACCAAUUAUAGAAAGAUUGUCUUCUAUUUUUAAAUGUACUGUAAAUUGUAAUUCAAGGUUAUAAAGAACUUAAGCAGAAACUAUUGUUCUGUAGAAUCUUUGAUUUUACUCACUACAUCUAAGAACCUCUCAUCUGCUUAGCCUCAUUAGGGGGUAAAUUUACAGAGCUCCCAGUAUGGUUUAAAUAACCCAGAGAUAAUACGUUGUUGGAGGAACCUAGUACAAAAACAUCAUAACCUUGUAGAAACAUUAAAUGUCCAGCACGAUUUCCUAUGGCCAUUAUAGUCAUUUGGUUUUAGAAUUUUAAUUGACUCAGCAAACCUUUACAACACGUGGACCUUUUUGGGGCAGCUGUUAAUUUAAUAACUUUUGGUUGUGUCUAGUGACCCAGCUAUGUUACCUAAAUUACAUUCAAGAGAUAUUUUUUUUUUUUUAUCCAGAACAAUCAACUUUGAUCCAUUUGGCCUUAGUCUAGGUCUUCAGUCAGAUGAUUGGUGAUACUCAUGGUUCCAUUGUAUCUAGGGACUCUCUCACCAAGUCCUGAGAUUUAUCUAUUUACAUAAGUAGACUAGUUAUACUACAACUGAACUAAAAUUAUAAUGAGCCUAUUCCUACAAACAGCUCACAAUGGACAAAGGAGGAUUCCAUCUUAAAUGCUGAGUCAGACUUUGUUACAUCCUGGUUCAUUUUGGUAAUAACCAAAAUAAUAGAUUUUUCCUGAAUAUUAAAUAUUGCACUUGGACUUGUAAAUGAGCUUUAUAAUUAGUACUCCAGCUGUUAAAUUACUGAUCGUCAGGAGUCAAUUUUUACUUCAUCUUCAAAUCUGUCUCCCUCCAUUGAGACACAUAGGACAGUAAUUCUAGAGUGUACGUAGGAUAAGAUCUGGAAAUAUGGUAACAUAAUGCAUUUUAUUCCAAUAACAGCAAUGAAACCAUAUACCAUUUUUUUUUGUUUGUAAAAUUUUUUUAUAAUUUCAGCAGUUAUUUGUUUUACUUAGUGCGUUUUUCUUUUUUUUUUAAUUUAUUUAUUUUUUUAACUCAUCCGUGGAACACACUAAACAUCAAAGUUUUAUUCCAGAAGCAAAGGGAAUGUGUAAAUAAUGAUGGUAUUUGGCCACAUUGUAUUGCGUGCCUCUCAAUAGGAUGGGCACAAUAAGAGAAGGUUCCGUGGUUAUUUAACACUUUUGGCUGAGAGGACAGGUGAUACCGCUAGGAGUCAGUUUCUACUCAACCCUAAAGCCAAAGGGGAAACCGAAAUCAAUGUCCUUUUCACACUGUGUGUGUGACUGAAAGAGCUGGAGAAGCAAAGCUGUAUUAAUCAUUCAGAAGGGGUUCUGACCUCGGCAUCUUUCAUGUCAUAUUCUUUACUCGGCACAAGUGACAGAUCUCAGAGCUGCUCUUGUUUUUGCCUCUAGCUUUAUCUGUAAUAUGAAAGAAACAUUGAAGAACACAACAUUUUGAAGCCUUUGAUGAUUCUUCCGUAUCAUUCACUGUAUAGACCUCACAAAGGUUUGUGUGUUCAGUUCUGCAGAUUUUGUUGGGCUGCCCUAAAUUCUAGGACUAGGAGACCCAAAAAAAUAUAUGUGAUGAUCGAAUGGUGGUCCUUUGUCUUUUAAAAGAAUGACGAUGGUCUGUGGAAUGAUACAAAGUAUGCACACUAUGUCUUGUUUGUCUAGAUCUCUCAUAAAGACUUAGAAUAGAUUAUUUUGUCUAUUGCAAAUGGUACAGUUCAGGAAAAAGAUCCAGGGCGCCAACAUGUUACUAAAUGGGUUCACACAGUUUGAGAAGCACAGCUGCCAGACAUUAGAAGCACUAUAUCACUGAUUACCUGUCCAGAUUCUGAUACAGGUUUCUAGAACUAUGAUGAUCGGAAUGAGUAUUUAAUCGAUUAAGUGUUUUCUAAAUAAUUCUAACAUAAAACAUUAUAUAUAUAUAUAUAUAUAUAUAUAUAUAUAUAUAUAUAUUAUUAUUAUUAUUAUUAUUAUUAUUAUUAUUAUUAUUAUUACCCUGUUGCCUGAAUACAUCCUUGUUUUUUCCUCAUAAUUUCUAUGUAGAUGAAAGGUUUAAAGUAAGGAUAAUAACGCACAAACACCUCAUACAUUAUCUCUGUGGAUAAUUGUGUUAUCAAGUCAUUCUCAUAGAAUAAAGAUAUGUACUUUUUUGCUUCAACAUCCAUCAUAAAAGAGAAGCCUUCACUUCUUUGGAAUUACACUACUGAAUAAAACAUCGCUUUGAACAUUGCAGACUAGUGUUAACCUUUUUCAUGAGGUGCCCUGUUUCCCUUAAUAUAUAUACUAAAUAUUAAGCAAAUUGCAUCACAACCCAGCUCAGUCCAUGCACAGCCCGGGUACACACACUGCAAAUGAGGAGGAGGAAUAGAAAUACUUCAGGCAUUCUGAUUUGAUUUCCUCUUUUUUUGUAUUUUUUUUUCUAUGCGGGUUGCCAAGUGUAAAAGACAGAGCUUAUAACAAUGACUGACAGGGGGAAAGGAUAGAGGCACCCAGUUGUAGAACAAAGAGGUGCCGAUGUCUGCAUUUAUUUAUUUUUUCACACCUCACAAAUGCAUACUUGUUGAAUAUAGGGGAAAAGUAACCAUUACCAUAAUAUUAGAAAUCAUGACAAUGUUCAGUUCCGCUUUAAGAGCAAUAAUCCAGUUCAUGUCAGUAUCAGUUUCUUGGAACUUGUGGCAGGAACAUUGUUUAUGUUAUUUUCUCCCACACUGGAGAUACACUUAGACCAUAUGUGGCCAUACAGCUUCUGAUGAAUGACAGAUGACAUGAGGUUCAGGCAGUCCUCUAUUGGCUGGGCUUUAUGGUAUAUGUAGAUUGCAUAGCUCCACGUGGCAGAUAAUUACACUCUUAUGGCACAAACAAAAAGAACAAGACAUCUAUUGAUUGUUAAUCUAGCCAUGGUCGAAAGCAUAUCCUCUACAAAUCGACUUAAUUUACUCCUCCAGAUGGUAUUCUUCAGUUUACAUUAAGGAAUUAUACAAGUAUUAAUAUACUUAAAAAAAACACUCACCCAAAUCUGGUGAAAACUGUCAUCCUCACUGCUGCAAAUUUUUAAUCUACAUCAGCACUGUACAAGAUAAGAUACUUUAUUAACAUUAAACACAUGUCUUUAUCUACAGCUGCCGAUACAUGCAGCUGGCGUACAGAUGUUCUGUGCAUUACAUACCUUUUACUCAAAAGAUAUUUCUUCCUUUCUUGUUUCCUUAUUUGUGUUUAAGUCUAGCCUGCCGUUUAGCUGUGAUAGACAUUUGGGUAAGCAUAAAUAAUUGUGGGAUAUUGUGGGAAAUGAGGAGUGUAGCAGGUACCAUGGUCCUGCUGAUUGCUCCCCUUUUUAGAAUGUUGGCCCAGAAUUGCUGUUUAUAAAUAACACCUUAUUAUGUGAGAUUUAUUGCAGUAAACUUACCCCCAAGUGUUAUAGAGUGGUAUCUAAAUUUUCAUAUUUAAUACAAUUUAUACCAGAAACAUCACUCUCAUAGAACACAAAUAAUUGAAACGUCAUGGUAGAGAAUUUCUCAAAUAUUUUAAAAAAUUUGUAUCAUGUUAUAGAAAGAGUUCUGAACUUUUUUAGAAACUCCAUAUCGUAGAAUUCCAAAAGCUAAAUUGGAUUUUCCCCAACAUCUUAAUAUCUUAAUAUUUAGAGGAAACAAGUUCAUACCUUCAUCAAAUUCUGUUUCCAAAUUUGUGUUCGCUCUAGAGAUACAUUGGAGAGCAAAAUCAUGUUCUUGUUAUCUAGAAUGAUACACAUUUUUCUAAAUACCUCCCAAACUCCUGUACAAAAGGUCCCUAUUGUUAUCAAGUUAUUUACAACAACCUUUUAUCCAAUAUUUUAUCCACUCGCCAUUAGUCACUACCCACUAGAUGUGAACUACCUUUCUCUCAUUGGAAAUAUAAGAUGCUGCCUGCCAGAAAACUUAAUUAACUCAAACUAUUUCAUUAAUUAUAUCCUCACUCUCUAUAUCCUUACAAAAGAGCUUCAGAUCUUUCAUCCAUCUAUAACAAAUUUGAAAAGCUACUUCUUAUAUCUUCAAAAUGCCUUGCUUGGCUUACCACAAUCUUGACUGCAUGUUCAACUGAGUUUACCGGUGCUCUAUUUUUUUUUUUUUUUUAUUGUUAUUUAUGUAUCCCUCUAGGACUUCCAACCUCCAAAAUUCUGGACACACAUCCUAUUGUCUUCUGCUCUUCUUUGUCUUUAAAAUAUUAAUCUCCCUAACCCCAAGGCAUCCUUCCCCCAAUGGCCAAUAUUAAUCUAGUCUAAUUCCAUAUAAUGUUAUGGUCUAUAGAAUUAUCAAUCAACAUAUUUAAUAUUAAUUACAUACCUAUGCAAAGCUAGGCUGUUACUGUAUGUAAAUGUUUAUUCUGGAGAGACAUAGAAACUGUAAAAGCUUGUCUAAUUGGUAAGAUUGAUCUCAACAAUUCUGGAUGUCUGUGCCAGGUGUAACAAAGUAGAAACUACUUAAACAUCUUUUGUGCAGUAGGCUGUAGCUCAUGUCAUACUGGGCAAAAAUAGGAAUAAGCUGGAGAUUGAACUCUGAUACAUAUUUGCCUUCCAUUGGUCCUCCACAAAAAAUCACUAUCUCUGGUGUUUAACUUAUGGAUAGAAACAUAGAAACAUAGAAUGUGACGGCAGAUAAGAACCAUUCGGCCCAUCUAGUCUGCCCAAUAACUAGUUUCAAAUAGUCAGUAAGGUCCAAAAAAAAGAAAUUGCUUUUGUGUUGCAUUCUAAUUAUCAGUUAUAUGUCAAGGUGUAUUACUCCUAAAUCUCUGAAAUUUUUUUUAUUUAGCUCUAUAUAGUUUCUCCUUUUUCUCAUGCUCUCAACAUCUGUUGUCAGAAUAAAGUACCCUAGGGCUAUCUAUGCACUUUGACAGGACAUAGGAUGUCCCCACGAACAAUAGAAAGUGUAAUUCUAAGGAAAGUUCUAUGGUUUUUUGUAAAGCAGUUGGAUGUGUAUAUUUUUGUGGCUGUUUACAAGAAAUAUAUAUAUAUAAUCACAUUCUGUGCUUUGUCAUAUUUGUUUUGGAAAGUAACCAGCCUAAUAAAGAGAUCCAUUUUAUUUUCCAGCACAUUUACACUGCUUAGAGCUCAGUCAUUCUGAAAUUCCAGCCAUCUCCAUUAAUUUCAUCCAAAAAUUAGCGCUCUCUGCAAAUUUACCAUUUGCAGUUUGUUCAUUUUCCCAGGUUUCCACUAGCCAGUUUCAGCAACAGUACCCAGAGAAACAUGUGUACAGAUACCGCUAAAAGCACCCUCAAAAUGGCUAAUCUCAAGGUUACAGUCAAUGUACCAAAUUAUUAAACUCACUUGAGCUCACAUUUACUUUCUAUAUAGUGAAUGCCCUUUGAUUUCUGCCACCAAAAGGAUAAUUAUUGAAUUUCUAUGACUAUAAUCCCAGUAUUAAUACACAUACAGUACAUGACAGUAUUUGUACUAGUGUAAACAGGGAUAUGAUUCAACAUAAUAUACAAUAAACAUGUAAUGACUUUGAGGGUCUGACCUCAAAUAUAUGUAUCUUACCUGACCACUUUAUCCUGUGUGCAGUAGGGUUAAUAACUGUUUGGAAGCCACAUUAUGCUUCUCGAUUCUGUGCUGCAAUGGAAUGAAGGCACUAUAUGAGAUGAGCCAUUGGGUUCUCAAGCCUAAGGUAUGCCAGUCAACUGGUCUUAACAUUCUUCAUUCAACCAACUAACUGAUAUCAUGGGUUCUUCUGUGGGCUGCAUUUUUAAGAUUUUCAUUUAUUAUGUUCUACUUAGCAGGAUUAACCCAUGGGCUAGACAGGGGCCCAAGAACCACAAAUUAGCUUCACUCCAUUAACCAUUCCUAUGUGAAGAAUGAAGGGGGACAAACUGAUAACUUGCCUCUCAUGCACUCAGAAAAUUAUGUUUUGUUUUUGGCAAUUGAUUUCCUUGGGUAGAAGAUGAACCUUUAUAGGACUCUAUCCAACAUCAUUGGAUAAUACUGGAAAUAUAGGUCUGCGUGGUUGGAAGGGAGGUUGACAGCCUUUAUUAGCUCUCUAUAUCCUGACAUUUAUUUUCUUUUGUUCUGUCUCAUGCUGGAUGGAUUGGGUCUUUAAUAGAGGGUUAAUUGUGCUUGCCAACUUCAGGUGUGUUUGUGAAAAAAAAAGGGGGGGGGGCAUUCAUUUGUACCCAAAACACUGAAAAUCAUUGUUCAAUCGCUGAAAAAUGAUUUACCAUCAGUUCUAGAAGAAUAUAUUAAAGUAAGACUCUGAGUACCAUAACCACUUUGGUGAUGAUGUGUCCAGUUAGAAUACUAUCGCACAUUGUAAGGAGUCGAACCAUUUUAGAGUGGAUUGAAUUCUUACCUCGGGUCCAUUGGGUGCCGUUCCUUGCCUCUACUACUGCUCGGUGAGAGCCAGAUGCUCUGUUCCCUAAGCUUAACCCGGGGUGCAAUGAAGCUAAAAUCAUUGUUAUUUUGGAGCAAUCACCAUGGAAACCAAUAGAAUGCCUCUAAAAUAUUUAUCGCUUUGCUGUGAUAUAUUUUCUUCUAUAUCUAGCUACUGACAGAUCUGUAUUUAUGUUAAAUGUUGUGCUGACAAAGGGUUAAUGCCUUACAUUCCUGAUGUGAUUCCGUAUUAGUCAUAUUGUUCUGAUUUGAGAGAUAACUCUAAGAGUCCCUUGGCCAUGAGUCAAGGGGGAUGAGUAAGACCCAGUGUGUAAUUUAAUAUACUCCUUCAAGAAGUAUCAUUCCCCUUGUAAUCAAUGGACAUAGUCUAUAGCAUUCUGCUCUGGCUCACAUAGCCAACAAUUAGUACAAAUGUAAGAUAAUGCAUCUUAUAAAUCACAAAUCAUUCUGAAGGGAGAGAGAAAUAUCUAUGGUUUAAAACACGCACGUGCGUGUCACUGUAAUCGCAAAUGAUUCACACUUCUGUUAUGUGGGAGAAUUUUUGGUCUGUAACAGGUCAAAGACACUGCAAUAAAGAAGCCUAAAAAUUGCCUGGGGGGGGGAGGGGGCAGGGGGCUUCAGUUAGCACAGAUGUUAAAUUUCAUAGACUGCCCUGACCUCACCUUGGUAAUAUGUCCCAUUCAAUCAAUAGUAUGUAUCACCUGUUUACAUUGUGCUUUGUAAAUCCUAUCUGCAGGGGGUACAUCAGCAGUUAGGAUAUUAAUCAAACUCCUUCAAUACAACUUUUGUUUUCUAUAAUUAUACCCUCACAGUUCUGAAUAUUUUUUUAAUAUCCAAUUAAUAUGUACUAUACAAUACGUAUCAAAUAGAAACAGACACAUAUAAUAAAAGCAUUCCUUUCAAUUCAAUCAGUGUCAAUACAUUAUAAACUACACCAACAAAUGUACUGGGCAAUAGCUUGUGUUGGUUGCAUACAUCUAUUCUAAUAAAGGCUAAGUUUUAUGGCUUAUAUCCUUCCAUGAGGAUUUUUUACACGUUUUAACAGUUGGCUGCUAAUUUAAAAAGUCUGAUUUAAUGUUCUAGUCUGACACGCUGUUUGAUCUCUAAACUUUCUCCAAAUUCUAAACCAGUAGAAAUGUGUUUACAAACCACAGACCCAAUUACAUCCAUUUGCUGAUUGUUUUAUUGCAUCUUCAGAGUUUCGCCAAAUGACUUUUCAGCUUUGCUUACUUUGGGUGCAUCAACAAGCUGAUGUCUGUGGCUCUUGUGUGUUUUCUGUUAAAGGAAUGCUCUGUGCACUAUAACCACUUUGUUCAUAUGAAGUGGUUUUGGUGACGGGAGUGUAUCUUUAAAAAUUUAUUUUUAUAGCACCUAUAUUUAUCAGCAUUUGUUACUGGACUGGAUCAAAAUAUUUAAAAUGAAAAUUUAUUCCUACUACUAUACUUUAAUAAUUUUUUUUUUUUUUAAUAAGAAAACACGAUUUAACCCCUUAAUGUCUGACAUGCCAUACACACGAAAUGUUUAAUCAUGGCUGAAGCAGUCAGUGUCUGGAUUUCCUGCUUGUAUAAUUGCUCAAUGAAUGCAUUACAUUCAUGGAUCUGCCUACUGACACAGCCUACGCUACAAAACAAUGGAAGAUUUGUUCACUAAACUGUGAUAAAGUCUGGCUAAUAUAGGCAAAUUAGACAAAUUGGAAAAUAAAAAUCUUCUACUCUGUUCCCAUAUUGACUAAUUAUAAAUUCUCCACAAUUUCUAGUUUCUCAAAUUUGGGCGACAAAGAAAACCCUGAACAUGGAUGUCAUAGACCAUUUGCUUAUCCUUGGGUCCCUCUCGAGUUUGAUCUCCCACUUCUGGGAGAAGCAGAGACAAGUCCCCAAUAAUUACAGCCUCAGUGUAACAUUCUAUAUGGCUUUGACAUUCCGGAUUCCUAUGAAAUGUACAGAUGACAUGCUUUUCCAGUAUAUUAUUUUUACAUUGCACCAUUAUGCUGUCAGCCUCCAGUAGCUAUGGAUGAUUACAUUACAUUUUAUUAGCUACAUAAAUAUGUUGUUUUUAAUUUAAAGUUAUUUGAAUGUGAAUUAUAUAUAUAUUAUAUUAUAUUAUUAAAGAGGUUUGUAGUUCUCUGCAUCUCUCCUUGAUGUAUUGUAACGGAGCUCCCUGUACCCCUGGCUGGGUACCUCUGCUAAGGACUGCUUCCUAGCUGGAACAGGGGACAAACCGCAGCACUUCUGCCCACAGUCACCAUGGCUUGACUGGGGUCCUGGAACCGCUCCCUCCUGGAGCCGAAUGGGGAACUCACUCUAUCCACCCCCAGACACUGGACAACACUCAGUCCUGGGAGCUCUAGUCCUUACAAGGACUUUCCCCGUUGAAUCCUCCACACUGGAACAGUGAUUAGCGAUUAGCCCUUUCCCAUCUCAGUAACCAGACGACACAUAGUUCUGGGAGUACAAGCUGGAAGUCCAGCAGUGUUCAGGAAUUUCUGUGUCCGUUUUUAGUUCCAUGAACUCCACGACCAAACACCGCUGCCUGCGUAUGUGUGAACAAGAUGGCCGCCACCUUGUGGUCAUCCAUAGGAAAUGCAGCCACCCAGACGAACACAUUGCGGUGGAAAUUGCUACAAAGUAGCAAUUAGGCUUAACAAGCUCCUGGGUGGUCUCUGGGUCGUGCGGCUGUUCGGUUCCUGAACCAUAUAGUCCAAAUUCACGAACGGAGACUUUUACAGUGCAUAUUACAGAGCCCAUAGUCUUUGAGCAGGAGGCUGGCCAGCAGGCUCCUCCAAGAGCUUGUGGCAAACUCAUUAGGACAGGGGAGUUUGCCACAUGUAUUUAGGGAAAUUCUAGAUAUUUUCCUGUGUUUGAAGCUAAUUAUGCUGAAGUCAUUAGUCAAAUAAAAAGAAAACCUAAAUUGUAAUUAUUAGAUAGGAAUUGAAAAAGGAAUGAAUAUUCUUGCAGGUAAACUGCCUUGUCACCCAAAAAUGUAAAUGAAAUGCAAUGUAACCAGUGGAGCUUAGUGUUUAAUUUUCUAAUUGUUCCACUCCUUGUGCCACCAUUAUAGGUCAGUGGUAUCAUAUCAGUGGGUCCCAGGGAUUUCAGGGCAGCUGAUGGAGUGACUGUGCCUUUUCACAUUGGGAAAGGCAGUGGUGCCAGUAUUUGUGGUCCCAUCCUGGACCUGCUGUCGAUUAUAAUGAGCGGCGUGCUAAGGAGAAGAAAGGGCAAGGCUCGGCUGCCCUUUGCAUAGGUCUGCUGCUUGCUUGAUAUAAAACACUUUAACUCUCUAUCUCCUUUACCAAAGGUGUGCAGGAGGUGAAGAGAAGGGAGAGAGAAUGCAUACAGCUGUAUACAGUGUGUGCCUGACUAUAAUGUGUGUGUUCAUGUGGCUAAUUAUGUGCGGUUUAGUAGGUAGUUUUGUAUGUGAAGCUAAUUUUGCAUGUGUUUGUAUGAUCAGCUAAUUCAUUUAUGAGUGUAGGAACUGAACAGACUUUGGGGAGACACCUCCUAGUAAUCCCAGCCACACUUAGGGAGCAUGCAGUUUUCUACCAUUUAAAUUAUAUAUUAUCACUAGGAACAGUGGUGUAUUUUGAAUUUGUGCUGCUCUAGGCAUUUACAAACGCUGGCACCCUAAUUUAAAUUUCCCCCACCCCUUCCUGUCAAGGCCACACGCACUUUGACUAACAGUGACUCCCUCACUGAUGCAUGCACUGACAUACACACUGUUUACCCAACACACACUUUCACUAACAGACACACACACUCACAUACACUGACAUACAAUGACAUACAGACACACUCACUGAUUUGACACAUUCUGACAGUCACACACAAUUAAGCAGACACACAGACAGACACACUCACUGACAGACACACACACUCACUGACGGGCAGCUGAUGGAGUGACUGUCAGCAAUCCCUGCCUUUUCACAUUGGGAAAGGCAGUGGUGCCAGUAUUUGUGGUCACAUCCUGGACAUUCAUUGACACGCACACUCACUGACACACACACUCACCGACAUACACACACACGUUAACUGACAGACACACACUCAUACACAUUUCCCCCAAAACUCACAAAUAUUUAUUUAUUUUAAUUUAACUCCACCCAGCCUCCAUGGGAAAGCUGGAGUGGAUUCCUCACCUGCGGUCCAGUGGGUUGCAGGGGCAGCUUGUGCUGCUGGGCAGGUGCACGUGCAAGCAGGGGGCGAACUGGCAGAGUAGACUGCGAGGGAACUCUGACCUUCUUGCUCAGUUCCCUUGCGCGCUGCUUUGUGAUGCUGGGAGCCGGACUGACGUCAUAUUCCGGCUCAGGGCAUCACUAAGUGGCGCGCAAGGGAGCUGAGCAGGAAGAGCUCAGAAUACAGAGCUCCCUCGCCGCCUGCAAUGCGAGCUGCUGUCUACCUUGGGGGGUGCUCUAAGGUAGCCAUCCAGCCAGCUCUUGAGCCCCUCAGGACACGAGGCUAACUAGGCAUCUGCUGGGGCGUUUAGGGGCGGCUUUUUUUGCCGCCCCCAGGAAAGUGCCACCCAAGGCAAAUGCCUUGUUAGCCUCGAGGUGAAUAUACCGCUGACUAGGGACUCUAUACGUAGAAGAGGAUAACCAACUUUUUAACACGUUUUGUUUUUCUUAUCUGUCUUAAACAGUGAAACAUGUAGUUUUAAAAAUAACACCCGAUUUUCUGGAGGGGCUUUGUCUAGGGAUGGCUUAAAUAAUUGCCACUUUACAUUGUGGUGUCUUGGGCCAACCCUGCUUCACUGCCUUGCCCUGGAAAUUACCUCGUUACAUGCCAGCUCAUCGAGGGCUCUUUUCCAAAGGUGCACAAUACAUUCUGUCCUUGCUUAGAAGACCCCACAUUGUCUAGAUGCCUUAUACUGUCACUAACUGAGUCAUAUUGUUAUCAGCUUGGAGAAGCUAUGCCCUGAAUCAUAAACACAUCAUCGAGAUUUGAUGUUAAACAACAUCCAGCCUUUAUUAAUCCUAUUAAAGUCCAUAAUUGUUUAAUAAAUUAAAUGCUAUCCAAAUUAUAAUAAAGUUUUGUCAAUAGUUUUUUUUGUUUUGUUUUUUGUUUUUUGUCUGCUGCUGCUAUAGUAACUAUAGUAAUGGUGACCAUCUUGCAAUGUGUUAAAACAGUAAACACGCAAAUCAUAAGGUCAAGAAACAUUCAUUCACAUCUUCCUACAUCCUGUAGCAUACAGUCACGCAGAACUGGUAAACCUUUACUUGGGUCUUUCAGAUUUAACCAGCUGAAUGCAAAAUAUAAAAAGGCACCUUGCUCCAUAGAUCCAGAUUGGCCCUUUUAACAUUUGUUUUCACCUUCAGUCCCAAGAGAUUAAAGGGACACUAUAGUCACCCAGACCACUUAAGCUCAAUGAAGUGAUCUGGGUGCCAGGUCCCCCAGGUUUUAACCCUUCAGAUGUAAACAUAGCAGUUUCAGAUGUAAACUGCUUUGUUUACAUAGCCGGGUUAAUCCCAACCUCUAGUGGAUGUCUUCCUGACAGCCACUAGAGGUGCAUCUGCGACGCUGGAUGCGAAAUUCGCAUCCACCGUGCAGAACGUCCAUAGGAAAGCACUCGGGAGCUGGCGGCGGGGGAGGAGAGGUCACCAGCGCCGAAGGAGCCCGGCACUGGAAAAAGAUAAGUAGCUGAAGGGGCUUUAACCCCUUCAGCGCCAAAGGAGGGGGGCCUUGAGGGGGGGGGGAUCCUAAGGAUGCUAUAGUGUCAGGAAAAUGAGUUUAUUUUCCUGACACUGUAGUAGUGAUCCUUUAACAUUUUAACAUUUUUACUUGUUCCAAAAAUAAUUGUCAAAAUUUUAUCUUUUUUAUUUUUUUUUACAUUCUUGACAUACUUCAUUUCAUGUCAGAUCACAUAUGGUAUUGGGAAAUGCCACAAUAUGUUUCUGAUUUGGGUAGUAUUUGGAUAGUUACUGUUUAUAAAAUAGAUGAUGCAUAUGGUCUCCAGUACAAAGGCUUUCAAUUUAAACAGCAAUAAUAAAGAAAAUAAAUGCGACAUUUUAGACUAUCUGUUAGUAUUUAUUAGUAUAAAGCACAACUUGUUGCCCAUCCACCAUACUGACAUUUUAACACCAAUGUAACAUGGUUGCUGAAUCUACUUAAAGAAACCAUUUGUUAUGUACCCUUCUGCUAUCAAGCAAAGAGAUUCCUUUCAGCCAUAUAUUGGCAAUACCCUCUUGAUAAAUGUCUUGUUAAAGGAACACUACACGCACCUUAACCUCUACAUCUUGCAAUAGUAGUUAUGGUGCCAUGAGUGUAUUUAUGAUGUCAGUGCUGAUACUCUCAGCCAAUGAUUAGCUAGACUAGGGCUUGGCUUAGGAGAGCUAACAAAAGCAUCUGGCUGUCCAUUGCCAUUGGUUGAGGCAGGGAAUCGUGCCUGGCAGACUCCAAGUAAGCGGUCAAACCAUUCUAAAAUAGUUUGACACCUAGCAAUGGGGUGCACCAGGGCUCUUGGCACCAUAACCACUACAGCCUUCUGUAAUUGUUAUGUUACUUUCAGUGUUGCUUUAAAUCUGAAGUGAUAUCAGAACAUUUGAAAUAAUAAAGUCCAAAAUAAAUGGCAAAGCGUAGGCCAAGACAGCAAAGAAAUAUUAUGCCACAGAAAACAAACAAAUGUUUUGUCAUUAUUUUACAAAAAUUACAUGAAUGCAGUUUUUCCUCAAAUCUCUGGGGUGUAGAGGUUUGCAGAAAAUAUUCUUCAGCAGAUUAUCACUUGGGUUUAUAAAUGCAUAGCGCCAGGAUGUGCAGGCUGAGCGUCGUAGCAACAGAAGUCCCCAAGAGAUGGAGCUGCAAACAUUAACAAAUAUCCCAACUAUUUAAUUUGACAAUAGCAAUUUUUCUUUAGGGGUUGUGGCUGGAGUUGGCGCCAGAGGAAGGUGUGUUUUAGAACACUGAAUGUCUGAUGAUCUGCUGCCAUUUAAACUCCUGAAAAAUUAAUUUUUAAAUCCUAUUGUUUGAAAAAAAACUAAUUUAUAAAGUAUUUUUGUUAAGGCACAUUGCAGUACUCUUUAUUUUGGGAACUCUGUGAAGCAGUCCAACACUCCCAAAAUUUUGAACUUCAAGAAAAGGGGGACAAUAGAAUAGAGGGACAUAGGGAUUUGGGUACCACGGGGGAGGUAUUGCACUUGGGAGGUACAUGUGAAAACAUUCCUUUCAGUGCAUUGUUGUGGAAAGAAUUGUGUACACACUAUUUUAUUAUGCGAUUCAGGUAAAUUGAAGUUAAGAAUCACGUGGCUGUACCAUGUGGAAAUUUGGGAAAGUACCUGAAAGUUUGGAAUUUUCUAAUGCAUACCUGAGAGAAACCUGCAGGACUAACAUGCAACACUAGUAGUUGUAUUGAAUGUUCUGUGAUAUCUGAUACUCUGAGUUAUUUUAGGCUUCGGGCCUACAAUUCAAAUAUCUAGUCAGAUAUUCUCAGAUGAUGAACCAAACAUUCCCUUCAUAGCCAGAGGCAGCAAAGUACAGGUCCUUCUAACACAGAGAAGGACACUUUGGCUGAGCUGUGUUGUUGCCAGACUGCACCCCCUACGACUGCUAGCUUAGAAUGACAAGUGUUGCAGUUGGAAACCUCAUUAGAUAAAAGGCACAGCUCAAAGCCUGCUUUUAUUUUUGUGAUAUCAGGAAUUACUGCCAGGAGGUAAAGCAAUAACCAGACUUUGUGAUUUUAUUUACCUGGUUGAUAUCCAAUUAAAUAACUGGGAGAAGUUGGAGACACUUCAGGCAUUAUACAUCCUCUGGCACUGUAGUUCUGUUCAGCGUUAAACUGUUUUCAGACCGUUUAAUGCUGUAUGUAAGUUCCUACACACCUGCAGCCCAGCCCACAUUAUAUUGUGUGUGUUCUGUUGUUGUGUACAUCUCAUUCACACCACACAUUUCUAUACGUUUUAUUACUAUGAAGCACUGAUACAGUAAUACUAGCCAGGCAUUUCUGUGAGUUUUAUUACUAUGAAGCACUGUGACACAGUCACACUAGCCAUGCAUUUCUGUGACUUAUAUAGCUGUUGAGACCUUUCAUGCACUCACACACCACACAUUACUGGGAGCUUUUUGGAAAUGGAGAUCUGCAAUACUCACCGCACAUUACUGUAAGUUCUGAGUAUGUUGUUGAGUUGUGUUUGAAAAAUGUAUCAGAAAAAACACACCAGCUUUUCAUAAACUGCUUAGUGAGGGAUGCUUCUAUUGCAGCGUUUCCCAAUUGGUGUUCCGCGGAACCCAUGUGUUGCGGCCCUGGCCGCACGGUAGAUCUGCCGGGGCCGCACGUUAAGGGGCCCAUCAAGUGGCUCAUGCUGUUAGGGCCACCCGAUGGCAAUGAAUAUCCAGGGGGCCUUUAACAGUGCGACUGGGCUCCCUGUGAUGAGGUCAGAGCGCAGGGAGAAAGUGACUGCCCCUUUCACUUCCUCCCAGCAACCACCAGGAGGCGCACGGGAGGAAGAGAGGAUGGAGUCAGAGUGGGAACUCUGACUCCCAUCAGGCUGAGCCACCACUGGACCCCAGGGAAGUCACCUUCCUGCAUCUAAAAGGUAGGAAACAGGAGGGUGACCUAAACAUUUUGUGUGCGUGUUAGUGUAUGUGUCUGUAUGUUUGUGUGUCUGUAUGUGUGUCUACAUGUCUGUGUAUGUAUGGGGUUUCUGUGUGUAUGUCUGUGUCUGCAUGUCUGUGUGGGGUGUCUGGGACGUAUGGGAGGUAGACGUAUGGGGGUGCCCCAGGGCAAUUUCCGCACCGGGGCCCUGUGGUUUCCAUUUACACCUCUGGAUGUGAUGCACUUUUGUAUGCAUUAUCCAACUUGUAUUUAUACAGGGAAGUGCAAAGUGUCCGCUGAUCUGUUUGAACUCCCAAAAGGGAUUUUGUUUGACUUGCAAACUUGAUGUCAGGUUACUGCACACAGUCCUGUAAAUUAUCCCUAUCAAUUCCUGUGUGAUAUACAUACCAGAGGCAUGUCUAAAAAGACCUAUCAGUUAAUAAGAGUAUGUUAAUCUGUAUACAGUAAGAAUGGCCAUGAUCCAUUUCUAGACAUAUCUACCUAUUUUUAAAAUGUUAUUGACAGGUUUCCACGUACUAAUAUUGUACAAGACAAAAAGCAGACAGUGCUUAAAAAAAGAAGCCAAACAGUGGCAAGAUUUAUUUAUUUUUUUCUCUUAAGUGUGAAUUUCAGUUUAAUGAGUGGAUAGAGCAGGGACCCUUUUAGAUGUGGAGGAGAAGUGCUGAGUGCCUUAGUUUAUCUACUGAUACAGUGCUUAAAGACUAUUACAAAUAAAAGUAAGAGGCGUCAUAUAACUGGAUAUUCGAGAGACUACCAACUAGGCAACCUAUGUGCAGACUUUCCUGGCAUUGCCAGUGGAGGCUUGUCCAUAGGCCACCGCCAUUUUGUUUUCCUUUGUCCAUGGUGUCUGCUGUUUGCUCUUUUUUGGGAUUGACUUUACUGAUGGGUUGUGGAUUGGCAAGUGAAACAGAACCUUGCUUUAAGCUCCAUUUAUUGUCCAGUUUUGUCAACCUGACUGCUAUACAUAAGGAAAAGAAGUCCCUGUUUUUGUUUGUUAUUUUUUUGUUUGUUUUUUUUAAACUAGAGCACUCAGGGGAAAAAAUAAAUAAAAAGAGAUUCCGACACAGGGCGUUAUAUACAAGCAGAUAAGAUAAAGAUUAUUUGUGGCCACCUUAAAGAUAACAACUGGGGUGACUGGGGUUUACACUGUGCUUUAUGGCGACCUUUCCCUGGUGUCCCUAGAAUGUGACACAGAAAAUAAAGAAACUGUACAACAGGAGCAUUAAGGGUGUUGUAACUCACAGCAGUUAGUAUUUUAUAAUUUGUUUAUCCUUGCCCCAUUAUCAUAAUAAUAAUAAUAAUAAUAAUAAUAAUAAUAAUAAUGCAACAGGCCUCUAAAAAAACGUCAGAUUUCUUCUGUUUUGUCAUACAAAGAUUUGUUGUAAUACCCUUUUAUAUAGAGGAGACCGUUUGGAAAAAUUGAUUGCGGCUAUAUAAGUUUACAAUUAUUUCACUUUAUUAAGCUGGAAAAUGAAUGAUUGCAAAAUGGGUUGCUACUGAUCUUCUUCUCUUUUAUUUUUAUUUAUUUUUUUUAUAAACAUUUCAUUGAGUGGAUGAGCAAUGCAGUACAGAAUAUUGGCAAUUUUAACAAAUGUCAUGUAAUAAAAGGAUCAAGACAAUGUCAAAUUCAAUCCACAAUAUUUUAUUUACUAAGAUAUCAUGGUAGGGGUGGUCUAAAGUCAGGAGAGGCUGGUAAGAUGUCAUGGUAGGGGUGGUCUAAAGUCAGGAGAGCCUGGUAAGAUGUCAUGGUGGAGGUGGUCUAACGUCAGGAGAGGCUGGUAAGAUGUCAUGGUAGGGGUGGUCUAACGGCAGGAGAGGCUGGUAAGAUGUCAUGGUAGGGGUGGUCUAAAGUCAGGAGAGCCUGGUAAGAUGUCAUAGUUGAGGUGGUCUAAAAUCAGGAGAGCCUGGUAAGAUGUCAUGGUGGAGGUGGUCUAACGUCAGGAGAGGCUGGUAAGAUGUCAUGGUAGGGGUGGUCUAACGGCAGGAGAGGCUGGUAAGAUGUCAUGGUAGGGGUGGUCUAACGACAGGAGAGGCUGGUAAGAUGUCAUGGUAGGGGUGGUCUAAAAUAAGGAGAUUGUGGUGAGAUGUCAUAGUUGAGGUGGUCUAAAAUCAGGAGAGCCUGGUAAGAUGUCAUGGUGGAGGUGUAUAAACUAAGGGAUAAAGUCUAGAGUAGCUUUAAUUUAUUGAAAGGAUUGUCCAAGAGAUAACAUAUAUGGUCUCUAGCAUCAGAAAUUAUAGGGAGAUGGAAUCUAUUCUGAAGGGUUUUGAUCCACUCCAUUCUUAAUGAUUCCUCUCUAUGUUCAGUUUUCCAAUUGCAUAAUUUACUAGCUCCAGAUAUCUGCACUACAUUGUUUUAGUGCAUUUGUUUUAAGAAAACUUCUAUACAUCUUUUUAAAAAUUACAUGCAAGGAAGUAUACACUACUGGGCAUUAUGGAUUGUUCCAUUAACCCCUAGAUGUGUGCAUGGGGGGAUUGUAGACCUAUCACCUUCCCAACUUUCAUCCAAGGGGGUGUGGGAGAGAUCUAAAGGGAAACAAUAAUUGGUGGCAACACACCAACUGCUCAGCAGACCCUGUGGCAAAUAAUUAAUAUAAAAAAAAUGAACAAAGCUAAUUACUACAGCAUAUUUGUCUGGAAUGAAACUACUUGUCACAUGACUAGAGACACCUUUGUUAUUUUUCAAAAUAUUGGCAAUCCAGCUGUCAUUACCAAGUUAAUGAAUUAUCCAACAUAAAUAAGGUUAUUCACUAAACAGGGAAUAUUUGGAAACAGACAAGGGAAUUUAAUUUUUUUGGGGACAAAAUAGCUGAAUUAGGCAUUUUACAUUGUGGCUGUUUUGGCCUACAAAUUGUAAUUCUCUUGUUGUAACAUAUUGAGAGUUUCCAUGUUAGUAAAUAAUACCAAUUAUGAAAAGGAUACAUUUAGGUUGACGAGAUAUAUUUGACUAUAUAAAGGCAGAUAUUAGUAUUCUAAGCAAAGAUUUUUCAGGGGGAUUACAAUCCACUUUAAAGUUGAUAAACACUGCUCUAAUCCCAGCCAAAUCUGAUAUCUCCGUGAACAUGCCAAGUCCAGCAAAAUACAUUUUAUUGUAAGAAGGGGUGCUUUAUAAAAAGACAAUGGAGUCUUGCCAUAUGCAUUUUUCAUAAUGUCACCAUGAGGACAGAAAGGCUGAGCAGGCCUUCUUCAGUUUCCUUAAAGUACUGGAGUAGUAUUUCAUCAUUGACGUACAAACUGAUUUAUCUAUAAAAUACUCAACGUUGUGGAUAGAUAUACCUCUUUCUUCAGCCAGAAUUUGACUAUGGGUGAUGCGAGAUUUAGUCCACAUGCAGAUGAGAUUGGUGGAGCUAGGGAUGGCACAUUUUAUUAUGUGUCUUCCUCCAAUCUACCGUAUCCUGGGUUAGAGUUUUUUUUUAUAUGGGACACUUUAUUUUACUUUUUUUUUAUUGAGAUGUUUACUAAUGUAAUAUAUAAUCUGCAAUCAAAGGCACAGAAAGGCAUUUCAUGUAUAUGAAUUCCAGCUCCCAUGAAUCAAUGUUUUUGUAUACAUCUACCGGCACCAUUCACAGGAAACUAACCGCCAUGGGAAACUUGGUCCUUUAAAGUGACCGUGUCAUGACAAACAUUUCUUGGUAAAACUUUAAAGAGCAUUAAAUAUAAUCUAUACAUUAUGCUGACUAAAUUACUGGUAAAUGUUUUGAUAACUGAAUAUGCAUUUUAUAAAAUUUGACCUUUGUGAACUUCACUGCUAAUAUCGAGAUAUCAGUAAAGACUGAACCAAAUAUUGCAAUAAGAAGCUGCACAAGCAAGAGUUCAACCCCCAAAUAAUGCUGUUUCAUCCCACAAUCCCUAGCAGUUGUAUGAAUUAUGGGAUGCAUUUUGAGACAAUUGGAGUAGGUUCACAAUUGUCUUUGUAACCACCCGUUCAAGUCCAGUGUGCUAUAUUGUGUGGAAGACAUUUGCAUAAAGCUAUUUUAAGGCAUGUAUAUGUUAUAAUUCAUAUACUGGCUGGUGCUUUAACUGCCCAUGGUAUAGAUUGUAUCUCUCUUCCUAUCUGAAUUUGUGAUUUGUGACAGGUUUACGUUCCAAUAGUGGGAUCCAGUACCUAGUUUGUGUGAAAGAGAUAAGUGUGUUUUUACUAAUCCUCAUUGUGCAUUUCUCUUUAAUAAAGGAAUGUGGCAUUGGAUUUAGAAAAAAAAAACUAUUUUUAUGCUUCACUGGAAUAUAGGGAAAUUGAGAUUUAAGCUUGUUUCAUUCCAUUAACAAAUGAAUAGACACGUGUUAUUUCUAGUUUUAGAAACUGCCAAUUCAUUUUUCUUCUCCUUUUUUUUCCUUUUUAAAAAAAAAAAUACAGCUGAAAUACCUGACGACUAUCCAGAUCAAUUUGAUGAUGUGCUGGAGUUCAUUCAAGAUACCAUAAAGAGACUUAGAAGGUCGUCCAACAAGCAAACCCCCUCCAGGCGAGAGAGAGGAAGGCACGGCUCUACAGCAAUCCAGAAUUCCAGUAAAAAAACAGGCAAAGACAAAAAGCGAAAAAACAAAGGAUGUGUGUUGAGGGAGAUACAUUUAAAUGUAACAGACUUGGAUUUGGGCUACCAAACCAAAGAAGAACUUAUUUUUCGGUACUGCAGUGGGUCGUGUAAUAACCCAGAGACAACUUAUGACCAAAUUGUAAAAAAUCUUACAAUCAAAAAAAAGUUGGUAAAUGACAAGGUGAAGCAGGCAUGUUGCAGGCCAAUUUCUUAUGAUGACGAUUUGUCAUUUUUGGACGACAAUUUAGUUUAUCAUACCUUGAAACAACAUUCCGCUAAGAAAUGUGGAUGUAUCUGAACGAUUGGGAUUAACACAUGGUAGUGUGCAUUUCAUUCCUAAAAUAAUGCAAAGGAAGGGAUCAAGAUUCCCAUUGUGGGCUCCUUGAGCAUAUGGAUGGAGUAGAGGACCAAGUGUGAUGGAGCAUGGAGUCUUCCUUGGAACCUGUUGUGGCAUUUGCCCUGGAAAUGAGUCAGAGCACAGGGUUACAAUGCAGGUCCACUGGUAAUUCAGAUAGAGAAUACUAAUCGCAAACCCGCUCUAAGACGUGGCUCUAGAAGGUUGGAUGGUUCUUCACCAAUAUAUGAUAAGGCUCACCAGCAGUGUUGAUUGGAAAAGUCGAUAACCAGCUUUUGAACACAACCAUUUAUACAUCAUGCAUGUCAGGUUUUCAUGUGUAAUAUAUAAAUAUACGUAUAUAUAUUUUUUUUUUAUUUUUUUUUACAACAUACACAGUUAAAAACAUGAUCUAUUAGUUCUGUAUUUGGGGUUAUUAAAAUUCGCUACUACAAAUACAUGUUACAUAGGUUCAUUCAAAAUAGCCCUUUAUAGCUAAUAGUGGGCAAUCCAGACAUAAACAAACUAUCUAUAGGUAAAUGUAAACCUUGACAUCAUUUCCAUUAGCAAGUACCAAAUUGGUCCCGGCAUGCUCAUUGAAGAAAGGAUUAUAGAUCAGUUAUAUAGAGAAUAGAACAUGUCAAAUGUCAAUAACCCACUCCUGGGACUUCCUGAUUGGCUAACAAACACUAGGAAAAGAAUAUCAAUGUUGCCAAUUAUCCUAUGUGGUUCUAAUUUAAACAAUUCAAUGAUGCAUAAUAUUUGGCACUCCGUAUAAGGAGGGAUAUUUACUAUGAUGCUUAGCAAAACAUUAUACUUCGUAAUAGCUGGAGAGCCAUAGAUUUGGCAUCACUGACAAAAGAUCAAUUACACAAUAUAGGACAUACUUAUUUUGGUUUACAGAGAUUAAUUCUCUCUUUUUUAAUUUUUUUUUAAUUUUAUUUUAAUUUUCUUUUUAAUUUUUUUUACAAUACAUUAGUUAUUGGUCCACGGGACCAAGCAGACUACUCGAUGCCAUGCAUCCAUUCAGAUACAUGAAUAUAUAAAGCAUAUUUAUUGAUAAUUAAGUUAUUGCUAUUUAUUACAGUCCAGUUAUGAAUGUUACUAUUUUUUUUUUCUUCCUAUUUAUUAAACUUUCUCUUCAAUGGUGCCAAAGUGAAGCAUGCUCUCGAGAUUUAACUGAGACAAAUGCAAGCAAACUAGAUGUGUUUUGUUAGCUGUAGAAUCACAAUCUUUACCUUUUUUUAAAACUUGUAAACACUGCACAUGCUGAAUAAUUUGCGUCCAAUAAGUGUGAAGAAUUCACAUGCUCUUUAUGCAGUUUAUUACUGGAAUAGACAGCAGUGGUCCCCUAUAUCAGUGGUUUCCCGCGGUCCAGGUUUUGUCAGUGUCCCAAUUGCAACAAAAUUGGGAAUACCUGAAUCACUGACUAUUGAUGUGCUUUGAAAACUGAGUUAGAAACUGUUCCUCUAGAUAUUGGCCAUCAUUUGCCAGUCAAGGGCCCUAUAACAUUUUUAGUUCACUUAAAGGACUAUGGUUACUACACCUGGCGUGUUUUCAUUUGUGAAAGUUCAAAGGUAUAUCUUGUUAUAUCUCCAAUUAUGCAUUUUUUCACAAUAUCAGAGUUAACUCCAUUAUUGCCUGAAGACAUUGCUAUUAAGUUUAUGGACUGACCAAGGUUUCUUACUUAAUAUAGACAACCAGUGGUUAUCAUGAUCCCCUAUGUGUUAGAUUACAUCUUACUUUUCUACCAGACGUUCCCCAGGGAUGCCAUAAUUUCCUGUUGUCAGCCUGGAAGUCUGAAGAUGACAAAUACUAGUAAUUUGGUCCUUGGUUUUGCAGCGGUUCAGAUUGUUAGGUAAGAAUGUAACUUAAUUAACAGCAGGUUUAUCUUAUCUAUAGACCAUCAUCACUAUUGAGUUUUCUUCCAUUGCAAAACUUUUACUAGAUUUGAAAAUUGACAAGCUAAAUGUUGAAACUCAUUCCUAAAGAUGUAGUCAACCCACAUCAGCCCUGACAUAGCUAGGGUACACAUAGCAUUAUGGGAGGAGAAAUAAGUCUCUUUCUCCUUGUUUCCAUAUGCUCUCUCUCCAUACAGACUGCUAAGUGCAAAAAGCACCCCGUAGUGAUUGACAGACAAUAUGGAGGCACUCCAGAAUAGAGAUGUAUAUUCAAUAUGGAUUUCUACAAUCAUCUUUAUUUCUCAAACCUCACAAACAGAUAUUUGUGAAAUACAGGGGAUAAAUGAGCAUAAGAUAAAAUUCCAUGCGAUCUGAUGGUUUGUCUUUUAAGACACAAAUUGCGAGCCAGCCAUCAAAAUUAAACUUCUGUGAUGCCCAGGCAAUCCUUAUAUUUCCAGCCUAAAGUCAUGGGAGUUGUAUUGCUUGCUGAAUAGCUACACAAGUUUGUCUGACUGAACCUCCAGCUGUCUGUUGUGAUACAUAAACCAUUGACUUUAGCAUUAAAUACAUGUGUAUGCACAUUGAUUGCUGUAUGAACCUGUAAAUCUAAAAUUUGUUGUGUUUUUUUUUUUAUUUUUUUUUAUUUUAUUUUUUUAUGGUCAACACCAGCUUGGUUUUAAAAGGUGUGAGGCCAUUUUUCAAUCUGUUCAGAUGGGCAGCCAUUGGGUAAAGCAUUGGGAUAAUCUGUUGUAUGAAACAUUGAUUGCCUUUAAUUUUCAAGGAAACUUUUACAGCAGCUGAAAGGUUAAAUAAGGAACAUCCAUAUUUAGCAUGAAGCACACAUAAGAAACGUGCACAUCAUCAUCGUGAUCGUUAGCAGAUUGAGUUGACUUCUGAGUCGUAAAACAGUACUCUCUUAAUCUGCUGAAAAUCACCUUAACAUGAAAAACUGUUAAACAAUCCAUUCAUCUGCAUUCUUUAAUUUAAUUUGAGUUCAAAUAUGGCUGAACAUGUUUUAUUUUAUAUCUGAACUAAAUAAGGAUGAGAACAUCUGAAUUCUUCAAAUGUUUACAUCAAUUUCAAUACACCAAAUGAGUUGGUUGUCAUAGUACUAAAUGAUGUAGCACGUAACAUUUUAACCAGCAGCAUGGACUGUUUUCUAAUAUGUGCCCCCUGCCUCCAGUUUAAUUAUAUUUAAGUUGUGAAGCCUUCAAACGAGGCUGUAUUUUAUAGCUUAGACAUCUUCAAACAAUAGCAGGCCCCCUGAUCAUUUACCCAACAGAAAUAAGACAAAAAUAUAUCCACGUGAAACAAUGUAAAAAACAAACUUUAUUGUAUGGAUUUAAUUAAGCAUCUAACUAUCCAGCUUUAUGUUGUCCACUUGCCCUAGAAGGGGCCCUCACGGUUGGGUCCCUUAAAAGUGAUCCGUUAAACAAAGCAACCACAAACAUGAGCGCAUUUAAAAGGGUGCUUAUGGUCUUCAGCUGUUAGUUUGUAAAAACUAGUAACCAGCUAGGACAGGUAGAAGAGCUAUUAUCCUCAGGCAGCCUUCAACAUUGGCUGUCCAGGAAAGGUAGGAUUUGCAGUCCAACAUCUUCAGAUCCACUGCAGUUAUCCAGCUCUGAGCUAAAACAUGUUUUUUACAUCCAGUGUCACCAUUAAUCUUGUCUUUCACUGUUCAUUCUGUAUGGCUACACUAUACAUACUGCCUAGAAAAAUGAGCUACUAUAUUUUGACAAACUUUACUUAUGUCUAGUUAAAAUAAACAAAGCAUUAGCUGCAUACUGAGCAGUCUGCUUCGCUUUGGAUGCAAUAGAUUUGCAAACUGAAGUAAUUGAAUUUCCCUUUUUUUUUCUGUGUGUAACAGUAACCAGAAUCUUUCUAUAGACACAGAAACAGUCAUGGUUAUGUGUAAAGAACACUGUAAAAACGAAGCAAUAUGCAAGAAUAUUCCAUUCGUUUCCACUGCGAUUGCUUCUCGUUUGCUGAAAAUUGCUAUUUUUAUAUGUAACCCAAAUUGCUCAUUACACAUAAACCUAUCAUUGAUUGAGGCAUGAUUUCUUUUUUUCUUUUUUUGCAUAAAAAGAUGAGAAAAUUCAGUUUGCAAAGAUACAUUCAGGAAUAAAAUAAUAAUAAUGUCACAAUACACCUGAAAUGUAUCACCAUUCUCUAUUUUAUUUAACUGCAGUUUUAUGCUGCUCAAAGUUUGCAUUUUUCUGAAAUUAGCAAUGUUUCUGAAUGCUAAUAAGUAUAAGCAUACAUUUAUAUUCUACCUACUGAGAGGUUGAGGACCUCUUCUCCAGAGUACCGGCAGGUGCAUUGGUUCCUGUAGCUUUUUCCCAAGUGUGGCACGUCAUUCCAACUUUUACAUUUGUUGUAUUACAUUUUUCACACAAAUGUAAUGUCUCACAGCAUAUCCAUAUCUGGAGCCCCACUCUGAAAUAGAUUGUAAAACCCCCAAAAAUCUAAACAUUCAAAUUAUUAAGUGCAAUGUAAGAAUUGGCACAAAAUACUUUAGGCUGUACUUGUCUUAUCUGAUGUUGAACUGACCGAGUUGUAUAUAGAAAAUAUAAGAGAUUACCCCUUUUCUAGUCACAAAAGUUAUUCUCGGAUGUGACUUGCCACCUCUCUUGCUUAGCACCAAGUUUGAACAUUGAAAUUCACCUAAUGUUCUUUACACAUCCAAACCCUAUUAGGUUUAAAGAUUGGCGGGAUGGACUCAGGUCAUUGACAGGCUGCUUAGCAAGCAAAAUAAUUAUGACACUUUUUUAAAAAUGAAUUUAUGUAGGAGCACUGAAGCCAAACUUGAAUACAUCUUGGCAGAUAAAGCCCAGGACUCAAUCUAUUUUAACUAAAAAAAACAAAAAACAUUCAGACACGUUCUUUUAUUUAUGGUUUAAAUAUGGCAUAAGUGUUUAGAAAUGAUUGCAAAUAUCACUGAUUAGCUACUGCACACUUAAACUGCAAACAACUGAAACAUUUACAGACCCAUCAAUAAAUAAAAUCUGCAUUCAUUUUACACAAGAUUUACUGGAACCUUAUAUUUUAUACAUUUCAUGUCAUCUAACAAAAAAGGGUAAAGUUUGUGAUUUUGGUUUUUCUUAAUAGUAUGAAGGUGUAAUUUCUUGCUUAUAUGAAAUUUAAUUUUCACCUACGAUUUAUGUCUCCGUCAUUUGUGUUACACAACCAAAGUUCUACAGACUUUAUUUUUGUACAAUAUUCAUUUUAUAACUUUUUACAAAAUAAAACUCAUUUCUAUCACUUGUUUUUGUGUCUUUUGUUUUGUAUUGAGAAUACAAUAAUGUGCGGACCCAGUUGCAAUCUAAAAUGGAAUUAGAAGCCUUACAAGCAAAAAGAAUUGUUCAGUAAAUUCAUAUAUAGUAAUGUGAACAACACUGGGAAAAGUCUGUUUUUGCUCCCGUGAUGUAAAUAAAGUAUAAUUGGGUCUCAUUUUCUAUUUGUGGCUUUACAUGGGAUGAGAUGUUGGUACUUAAUAAAAAAAUAAAAAAAAUAAAAAACAACUUGAAGGACCAUUUCAUCUCUAAAUAUCCAUAUAUAACUCUAUAACAGAAUUCUGGGGGAUUCUAACCUUUCACCUUUACUGACAGAUAGUGUUUCCCCCGUCCACUCCAGCUAGUUCAGUGUUUGUAAAUUCUGUAAAUAUGCUGCACUAAAUACAGGGAGAUGUAUCCAAAGGAAUCUCCCUUUCUCUUGCCAGACAUUGACUUCCAUGUAAACACAUGUGAGAUAGGACAGAAGGAUUUCUUGUCCAUAAAUCGUCUAUAGUUGGCUGACGAGAGCCUGGAUUGUGAAGAUUUAUUCAUCAACUAAUCAAGAUCAUUUUGUUACAAGUUUUGUUAAUUGCUAGAGAUGGUCAGAUCUUGUAUUUUAAUUUUACAUGUAACUCUUCACACUUUGAUGGCAAUUACCUUCACUUGAAUAAGUGAAUUUGGUCCACUUCAGAUUCACUUCUCACAUGAACUAAUAUCAUUGUUUAUUAUUAUUGGCACUUAUAUAGCGCCGACUUAUUCCACAACGCUUUACAAUUUCAUAAAGGGGGAAAUUUAACAAUAAAUGAGAAUUACAAAAUGUUACAAAAGGUUGAAGACCAUGCUUGAAGGAGCUUACAAUCUCGAGGAGGUGUGGUAUGAUUUACUUGCAGUGUGGUUUUUCAGGGCCCGUAUCCAUACCUCCAAAAUGUCCCUCUUUUCUAGGAGCUCCAAAUUGUUGGUGUGUCUGGAUUUAUAAUAAAGCUCUUAUUACUUCCUGUGUCUUCAUCUUUCCAUGUGUCACUAUCUCCCCAUGUAUCCAUAGUUCUUCCUGUGUCCCCAUCUUUUCACUUUUCCCUAGGUCUUCCUUUGUCUCCAUCUUCCCAUGUGUUCCCAUCUCUCGAAGUGUCCUGAUCUUUCCAUGGAUUCUUAUCUCUUCCUACCUUGUUCCUUAUUCAGAAUGAUGUCCCCUCCUGCUGCCUUGCAAGGGGGACCUCAUUUUUAUCUUUACAUGAGUGUGAGUGGAAAUUUUGAGUCCUGCUUAUAUUGUAAGAGAAAACAAAUAGGUGGGUUAGACACUUACCAAUAGACAUUUGCAAAAAAAAUAAAAAAUUUGGUCCAUAAAGAGUCGAUGUGUUCAAAUCAAAAUACUUUUAAUGCACAGUUUUUCUCAAUGUUGAUUAAAAUACUUAUUCAUUUAUGAACGUAAUACAUUUUUGCACGUGAUGGUGUUGCUGGUUAGGGAGAGGAACAUGUUAGUAUUGCAUAUGUAGUCAUGGAGAAUCCUCAUAGAGGGGAAAUGAGGAUGCAUCAAGAAGCUGUUGUGAAGAUCAAUCAGUGAUAUGGCAAGAGAAUUAAUGAGAAUAACUAAUCCAAGACAAUGGAUUCAGACACAACUGCUUCUUUCACAGAUAAUGAUAAAACUGAAUACAUACAGUAUCACACAAAAGGGAGUACACACCUAACAAGUUUGUAAAUAUUUUAGUAUAUCUUUUCAUGUGACAACACUGAAGAAAUGACAUUCUGCUACAAUGUAAAGUAGUAACUGUACAACCUGUAUAACAGUGUAAAUUUGCGGUCCCCUCAAAAUAACUCAACACACAGCCAUUAAUGUCCAAACUAUUGGAAACAAAAGUGAGUACACCCCUAAGUGGAAAUGUCCAAAUUGGGCCCAAUUAGCCAUUUUUCCUCCUCUCUGUCAUGUGACUCGUUAGUGUAACAAGGUCUCAGGUGUGAAUGGGGAGCAGGUGUGUUAAAUAUGGUGUUAUCGCUCUCAUACUGGUCACUGGACGUUUAACAUGGCACCUCAUGGCAAAGAACUCUCUGAGGAUCUGAAAAAUAAGAAUUGUUGCUCUACAUAAAGAUGGCCUAGGCCAGAGGCAUAACUAGAAACCAUGGGGCCCCGAUGUGAAAAUUGCCCUAGCCAGCCCCCAUACGUCUACCCCUUGCCUCCCCCAUACGUUCCCCCACACACACACAUGCAGACACACACACAUAUACAGAGACACAUACAGACACACAAACACACAUACAAAAACACAUACAUACAGACACACCUACACACACAUGCAGACACACAUACAUACAGAUACACAGAUACACAUACAAACACACAUAAACAAAGAGACACGCACACACACAUGCAUACAGACACACAUACAUACAUAUACACAGACACAGAUACAGACACGCAUACAGGCAGACAUACAGAUAGACACACACAUACACACAGACAGACAUACACACAGACAUACACACAUACAGACACACAUACAUAGAAACAUUCAUACAGACACACUUUCAUACAGACAUAGGCGUGCGCAGCCUAUUGUAUAAGGGUGUGCACCCUAAAGCAGAAACACACACGCUAUAUAUAUAUAUAUAUAUAUAUAUAUACACACACACACACAUACACAUACAUACACACACUGCUGUGUGUGUGAGGGUGCUGUGUGUGAAGGUGCUGUGUGUGUGAAGGCGCUGUGUGUGUGCGGCUGCUGUGUGUGUGCAGGGCCGGAUUAACAUAGGGGCUGAUGGAGCUGCAGCUCCAGGCUCAUGGAAUAGGCCCAUUGAUUUAAAAAAAAAAAAAAAAAAUUUUUUAAUUUUUUUUUUUUUUACACACUACUCUUAGGUAUUCCACCUGGCUUUUAUUUUAUUGGCACAGCCAGUAUUUGAGGCUGCCUGGCUGGUGCCAAUUGCAGUGAUACUGGCAAUACAAAUGCUGGUAUUUUUCUCAGAAUAAACAAGAGAUUACUAUGCAAUACCAGCACUGGCCAAUAGGGGUUGCUGAGUGUGUGGAGACAGGCAGGGAUAGGGAUAGGAAGUUCCAGCAUAUCCCUCCCUGCCUAUCUAUACUCACUGAUCUGCAGGGGUGCAGCUACAAAUAGUCCAGACAGCAACUCCCACCCUGCAGAGACAGCCUACAGCUCAGGGAAGUGAGGGAUGGGGGAAAGGCUGCAAGGAGACAUACACUGGGACACUAAGGGACAUUGGGAGAUAUUAUGGCAGACACUGAGACACUAAGGGGCACUGGGAGACAUUAUGGCAGACACUGAGACACUAAGGGACAUUGGGAGACAUUAUGGCAGACACUGAGACACUAAGGGACACUGGGAGACAUUAUGGCAGACACUGAGACACUAAGGGACAUUGGGAAACAUUAUGGCAGACACUGAGACACUAAGGGACACUGGGAGACAUUAUGGCAGACACUGAGACACUAAGGGACACUGGGAGACAUUAUGGCAGACACUGAGACACUAAGGGACACUGGGAGAUAUUAUGGCAGACACUGAGACACUAAGAGGGUUACUAAGGGACAUUGGGAGACACUGAGACACUAAGGGGCACUGGGAGACAUUAUGGCAGACACUGAGACACUAAGGGACAUUGGGAGACACUGAGACACUAAGGGGCACUGGGAGACAUUAUGGCAGACACUGAGACACUAAGGGACAUUGGGAGAUAUUAUGGCAGACACUGAGACACUAAGGGGCACUGGGAGACAUUAUGGCAGACACUGAGACACUAAGGGGCACUGGGAGACAUUAUGGCAGACACUGAGACACUAAGGGACAUUGGGAGAUAUUAUUGCACACAAUGAGACACUAAGGGACACUGGGAGACAUUAUGGCAGACACUGAAACACUAAGGGGAUGUGGGGGAUAUUAUGGCAGACACUGAAACACUAAGGGACACUGGGAGACAUUAUGGCAGACACUGAGACACUAAGGGGCAUUGGGAGACAUUAUGGCAGACACUGAGACACUAAGGGACACUGGGAGACACUAUGGCAGACACUGUCUUUUCAGAGAAAAUGCAGUCUUUACCAUACCCCGCACACUGCAUCAAAUUGGUCUGCAUGGCUGUCGUCCCAGAAGGAAGCCUCUUCUAAAAAUGAUGCACAAGAAAGCCUGCAAACAGUUUGCUGAAGACAAGCAGACUAAGGACAUGGAUUACUGGAACCAUGUCCUGUGGUCCGAUGAGACCAAGAUAAACUUAUUUGGUUUAGAUGGUGCCAAGUGUGUGUGGCAGCAACCAGGUGAGGAGUACAAAGACAAGUGUGUCUUGCCUACAGUCAAGCAUGGUUGUGGGAGUGUCAUGGUCUGGGCCUGCAUGAGAGCUACAGUUCAUUAAGGGAACCAUGAAUGCCAACUUGUACUGUGACAUACUAAAGCAGAGCAUGAUCCCCUCCCUUCGGAGACUGGACCACAGGGCAGUAUUCCAACAUGAUAACGACCCCAAACACACCUCCAAGACGACCAAUGCCUUGCUAAAGAAGAUGAUGGUAAAGGUGAUGGACUGGCCAAGCAUGUCUCCAGACCUAAACCCUAUUGAGCAUCUGUAGGGCAUCCUCAAAUGGAAGGUGGGGAAGUGCAAGGUCUCUAACAUCCACCAGCUCUGUGAAGUUGUCAUGGAGGAGUGGAAGAGGACUCCUUUGGCAACCUGUGAACUCUGGUGAACGCCAUGCCCAUUAGGGUGAAGGCAGUACUUGAAAAUAAUGGGGUUAAACACAAAAUAUUGACACUUUGGGCCCAAUUUAUAUAUUUUCACUUAGGGGUGUACUCACUUUUGUUGCCAACGGUUUAGACAUUAAUGUCUGUGUGAGUUAUUUUAAGGGAACAACAAUGUUACACUGUUAUACAGGCUGCACACUUACUACUUUACAUUGUAGCAGAGUGUCAUUUCUUCAGUGUUGUCACAUGAAAAGAUAUAAUAAAAUAUUUACAAAAAUGUGAGGGGUGUACUCACUUUUGUGAGAUACUGUAUAUUAAAAGUAGACUUGUGCAUCUGGUUUCAAACAAAUGGAUAUCCAUUGGAAUUUUUGGCGAGUCAUCUGCAUUCCUUCACUCUAAUUUGCCAUAUCAACAGGUCUGGCGGAGUGGUGCAUACAUAGUUUCCAUUGGACUUGCUACAGAAAUUACGAGUGCUAAUACAGAACACUGUGCAAUCAAUAUUAUACCCCCUCUACUUUGGAUUUAUCAUUUUUGUUAUUAAUAAUGACUUUGGGACUCUCAUUAUUUGGUUAUUUUAUAUUUUUUCCCCCCAGAAUCAUUUGAAGGGGAAUAUUAUCUAAACGCUGAUACUAGUUGUUUUUUGUAUUUAAUGUUUUUCAGAACUUGGUAAGGUUCUAGUGUAGCCAGCGGCUCUCUUCUUGUUACUUUAGACAUAUAUUUUUGUGCGCUCUCUUAUAGUGUGUGUUUUACAAAAAAUAAACAAGAUGAAGCAUGAAUGAGACAUUUUGUUUGUCUUCUGCUUCGGCGCUCCAGCCAUGAAAAAAAAAAAAUGAUGUUUAAUGGUUAGGGGACAGCCACCAAAUGUUGAUUUUAUUCAAAGAUCAAAUGAGAAAUUAUGAAUUGAGUUGAAAAAGGAGGAGCGAUUAAAACAGUGGUAAUGUCCCAUAGAGGACUUAAACGUCAACAAAUUUUCUUGUGUAUAAUUUCACAAUAAAACUUCAAGAUUUAUUUACAAAGUCCUGUGAGUGCACCUUCCUUGAUAGUUAUAUUUUGGCACAAGUGAUUUGCACCCAGGCAAGGACAAGACCAGAAGAGUGAGUGCCUGAUUCACGUGCAUUUAUAUACAUAUAUAUAUUAUACAUCAUUACACAUUUUCAAGCCAUUUUGGUUUGUCAAAAUUUUUUCAGAAAUGAUCACAUAAACAAAGUUCUUCCAAACUGAAACUCCAUAUGGAUAAAACCCAAAUUGCCCAACACAAAUAAAAAAAUAAACUAAAAAAAUAACAUUUUUGGACAAAUGAACAGAGGUUUGUUUUAGUGUAUGAGUCUAAUUAAAAGUCCAUGAAUUAUAGUUUCUCCAGAAUUCUGGAAUGACUCAUUAGGGUCAGCCUUUGUGUAUCAAGAAUCUCUAAUGUUUUUAGAUUCAGAGAGUAAUAACAAGGUUGGACACAUGCACACGAAUGAAAGGCAACCUUUGAAAGAAUGUCUCCUCAAUGCUAAGGAUUUGCUGGAAUGAGACCACAUAUACCAGUCUUCUACCCAAACUGUAUCUAUGGUAGGAGAGAUAAGUAACAGAUUAUCAACUGGAAAACAUUCUGAAAUCCAAGCUCAAAGUAUGUCAGAAAAGAAUUCAUUGGUGGGAAUAAUUCAGCUCGGUCUAGUUUUAGGCUGCCAGACUUAUGACCCAGAAGGCACAGAUUGAAUUAAUUACAAGAGAUUUUUAUUGCAGUUAUCAUUGUCAUUGUUAUUGGAUUUUUUAUGGGUUUAUUGUGAUUACUGAGGAAUUCAUUCCCAUGAAAUGGAAAGUCAGUCUAUUAGAAAUAACACAAUACAUAUGGGAUAUUGUAUACACAUAAUGUUUAUCUCUAAUGUUUAUAUUUCAUUGCCCGCCCACUGCGAGCACUGUUACUCACAAUGUUGCCUUGUGAUAGGCUGAAAUCCCUCCUGAUCAGUAGGCCGCAGUGGAGUGAGAAGACAAUGCUGAUAGGCACCCAGGGACAUAACUUUAGGUUUAAAGGCUUUAACCCUGUAAGGUAAGAUGCCUCCCAGGGCCACCAGUCUCAAUAACAUUUAAAGUAGGAGUCAAUCUAUUCUUCUCUACUAUCUUGUUAUAAACUAUAAACCAAAAGUCUGACAAGAGCCAAGAGUUUUAUUGAUCCACAAAUGUGGAAAUAUACAGUCAGGUCUAUAAAUAUUGGGACAUCGACACAAUUCUAAUUUUUUUGGCGCUAUACACCACCACAAUGGAUUUGAAAUGAAACGAGCAAUAUGUGCUUAGACUGCAGACUUUCAGCUUUGAUUUGAGGGUAUUUACAGCCAAAUCAGGUGAACGGUGUAGGAAUUACAAAAGUUUGUAUAAGUGCCUCCCACUUUUCAAGGGACCAAAAGUAAUGGGACAAUUGGCUGCUCAGCUGUUCCAUGGCCAGGUAUGUGUUAUUCCUUAAUUAUCCCAUUUACAAGUAGCAGAUAAAAGGUCCAGAGUUCAUUUCAAGUGUGCAAUUUGCAUUUGGAAUCUGUUGCUGUGAAGCAAGCCAUCAUUAGGCUGAAAAAACAAGACAAACGCAUCCGAGAGAUAGCAAAAACAUUAGGUGUGGGGGGCGGAGCCGAGCAGCAGAGGCAAACGGUCGCGCAACUCUGGAGCUCCGUAAUACAAACGGAGAAAUCAAGCCUAAUCUACCACCGAAAUUACCCCCACUGAAAGCAGACCCUACACAGGAACCCCGCAGACUCCAUGGGUCACAAAAACAAGAAAAGAUCGCCGGAUAAUUCAGCCCCUGGGCUCACAUUUGGGGAAAUGUGGAGGCAAGCAUGCGGCCCGAGCGAAGCCAAUAUGGCGGCGCUCCACGGGGACUGCACGGAUUUCUCUGAUGAAUACUCAGAGGAAGCUGACGAGGAAUACCCCCAAACACCAGCCCCAAAAGCGAAACCUAAACCGGGCAAACCAAGGUCUGACCCCGAUGCCGACCUAGUCACCACCAGAGUGCUGAAAGCCUUACUAGCAGACCUGCAAAAAAAUAUCCUCACAGAUGUCUCUGCAUUAAGAGGAGAGCUGCAGGGCCUGACAGGACAUAUUACCGUGCUGGAAGACUCCUCUCGAAACCACCAGCGCACCACCAUCGCACUGCAGGGUGACAUGCAGGAGCUGCACCUCAAACACACACUACUUGAACGGUGCCUGGAUGCCCAAGAAGACACGAGAGGGAGACACAAUAUUAAGAUCAGGGGGAUCCCGGAAGGACCACCAGAGGCAGAUCUUCCACACAAAAUCCAAAGCCUCUUGGCAGCCAUACUCCCCCCGGGACAAAACACGUCUAUCGAACCCACAGACCUUUACCGGAUCCCAAAGCCCACUGGGGCACCAGUGGCAAGCACAAGGGACACAAUACUGACCUUUAAGGAUGGUAGGGACAAGGCAAUGGUCCUCAAUGUCCUCCGAGGUAAAACUCCCUUAAAAUUCGAGAAUGCAACACUCACCUUUUAUAACGACUUGUCAAGGGGAACCUUGGCAUGGCGCAAAUCGCUCCGACCCCUCACCGCCACACUUCAGCACCAAAAGAUCCCAUACCGCUGGAGGUCCCCUCACAUACUCCUCGUGCAAAGGGUUGAGACCACCCACCAAAUUCAUGACCGACAAGACGCAACAGAGCUGCUACUGGCCUUGGGCCUAACCUGGGACUCACUCCUCCAAAUGGGCCUCCAGGCCCCCUCCACACCGAAUACCAGCUGGGACCCGGCGAACAGCGCACCAUUUGUGCCUCGAAAUCCUACACCAGUCACCUAUGCUGCGGUCACCACCUAAGCAGAACAGAGGCGCUCGCGCUCCAAUCCUGGCACUGCCAGCACCUGGCAACAUUGGAUUUCCGUGCUAGACAAGGGUAACUUGUAACCCCCAGGACUCAAGACAUUUGCAUCUCAGGCUCUGGGGCAAUCCUUUUCCUAGUCCAUGGAGGCUGCCACAACACUUCAACACAAACCCCCUUUUUUUUUUUCUUCUUCCCUCACCUUUUUAUUAUCCACCCAUUAUUUUUCAUGGGUUCUGCCAGCCCUUGGAACGAGACUCAUGCCUGGGGGACCCCAGGGAACUUUGUCGCUUGGACUUACAUGAUCAGGCCUGCCCACCCGCAAUUUUAAGCUAUUUUCUGUUUAUUAGUCAUCUAAUCUACUUAGUAAGCCUCUAAAUAGGCUUAUAACUUAAAUAACUUUACUUUGCUAGGUCUAGCGUUGUGUAUAUAGCGAGAUAUGUCAUAACCGCUACGGUGGUUUGGCCUGCCCCACAGACCUCCCGGGCACUCAGCCUAUAACACUCCUUAAACGACAGCCAUUGUCCCACAGUUCAAAGAUCGAUCCCAAAUGUUGGUCGAUGUUUAUUGUCUAGUGCUUAUUAACUGACCCAGCCCACGGCAUCUAGAGCAUUGACUAAAGAAAUGUCACUAUGGUCAGCUCAGCAUAUAAUAGAUAUAUAGAUAAGAUGGCUACUGUACGAUUACACUGGUAUUAAUAAGUUUAUAUAAAUUUUUUUUUUCUCUUUUUAAUAAAGUUAUGCCCUUAACAAUGGGACUGGCAAAUUAGCCUACUGCCAUGUAAGGCCACUUAAAUUCGCGGCUAGCGCGAUCGCACCACCAAUUAAAAUCACACAAAUUGGAAAACAUUCCUAAUGUAAUUUUACAUAUAAAUGCAUCACUCAAUAUGGUAUUCACCACAAACCUGUGCGUAACUCACCUAUUAGUGACUUGCUCUCAUUUCUAUAUAGAAAGUGUGCAAAGUUGAAAAUGCUAUAUUUUAUUUCUAUUUUUAUUUUUUUAUAUAUAUAUGCCUCGAUUGGCCAAGUACAUUAUUGGAUGACACCUACUCUCGUUAUUUUGUUUCAAGUCUUUGUUAGCCCAUGUCGGGGAUCCCAGGGGGUCUCUCUUAUAAAUCACUCGUUCAGACUAUCACAAAUGUAUUCUUGAAUAACUAGUUAAGUACAUUGAAUGUAUAGCUCGUUAGUUAACUUAAGGAGGUUACCUCAGGUCCAGAACAUGUUAACAUCAUACCAAACGGACAAAACGGAACACCAAUCUCAUGUUUACCUAUUGAUAUGCUUGACUACUUAGCACGUUAUUUCAAAUAAGCAAUGUAUAAUAACCUGUUAUAUUCCUAUCUAACAAAAAUGUGCAAAUGUAUCAUGCCAUGAACGUGUCUGCAUUAACCUGCCUGUGUCUGUUGUCGUGGCUACACGGCUAUGCUUGUAAAGUCUUUUUGCACCAAAAAUAAAGAAUUAAUAAAAAAAAAACAUUAGGUGGGGCCAAAUCAACUGUUUGGAACAUCCUUAAAAAUAAAGAACGCACCAGUGAGCUCAGCAACACCAAAAAACCCGGAAGACCACGGAAAACAACUGUGGUGGAUGACCGAAGAAUUCUUUCCCUGGUGAAGAAAACACCCUUCACAACAGUUGGCCAGAUCAAGAACACUCUCCAGGAGGUAAGUGUAUGUGUGUAAAAGUCAACAAUCAAGAGAAGACUUCACCAGAGUGAAUACAGAGGGUUCACCACAAGAUGUAAACCAUUGGUGAGCCUCAAAAACAGGAAGGCCAGAUUAGAGUUUGCCAAACAACAUCUAAAAAAAGCCUUCACAGUUCUGGAACAACAUCCUAUGGACAGAUGAGACCAAGAUCAACUUGUACCAGAGUGAUGGGAAGAGAAGAGUAUGGAGAAGGAAAGGAACUGCUCAUGAUCCAAAGCAUACCACCUCAUCAGUGAAGCAUGGUGGUGGUAGUGUCAUGGCAUGGGCAUGUAUGGCUGCCAAUGGAACUGGUUCUCUUGUAUUUAUUGAUGAUGUGACUGCUGACAAAAGCAGCAGGAUGAAUUCUGAAGUGUUUCGGGCAAUAUUAUCUGCUCAUAUUCAGCCAAAUGCUUCAGAACUCAUUGGACGGCGCUUCACAGUGCAGAUGGACAAUGACCCGAAGCAUACUGCAAAAGUAACCAAAGAGUUUUUUAAGGGAAAGAAGUGGAAUGUUAUGCAAUGGCCAAGUCAAUCACCUGACCUGAAUCCGAUUGAGCAUGCAUUUCACUUGAUGAAGACAAAACUGAAGGGGAAAUGCCCCAAGAACAAGCAGGAACUGAAGACAGUUGCAGUGGAGGCCUGGCAGAGCAUCAUCAGGGAUGAAACCCAGCGUCUGGUGAUGUCUAUGCGUUCCAGACUUCAGGCUGUAAGUGAUUGCAAAGGAUUUGCAACCAUGUAUUAAAAAGUGAAAGUUUGAUUUAUGACUGUUAAUCUGUCCCAUUACUUUUGGUCCCUUAAAAAGUGGGAGGCACAUAUACAAACUGUUGUAAUUCCUACACUGUCAUCUGAUUUGGAUGUAAAUACCCUUAAAUUAAAGCUGAAAGUCUGCAGUUAAAGCACAUCUUGUUUGUUUAAUUUCAAACCCAUUGUGUUGGUGUAUAGAGCCAAAAAGAUUAGAAUUGUGUAGAUGUCCCAAUAUUUAUGGACCUGACUGUAUAUAUAAAUGUCAUCAAAACAAAACACUAAGCCCUCAAUGAAUACUAUCCUAGCAACCUACUUUUAUACACUACCCUUACCUUUUGUGUCACAUUACCCCACUCCCCCUAGCAUGUAAGCUCAUUGAGUAGGGCCCUCAAUCCCUCUGUUCCUGUGCGUCCAACUUGUCUGCUUACAAAUACAUGUCUGUUAGUCCACCCAUUGUACAGUGCUAUGGAACUUGUUGGUGUUUUAUAAAUAUUAAUAAUAAUAUACUGGCUAUCAAAUUAUUGACCAUAUUUUUUCUCUCAAAACUACUUCAGAAUUUUCUGACCUUGACAGUAAUUUUACUUUUGUUAAGAUCACUGGACUUUAACUGAGAGCUCGAUAUUCACAAACUAGCUGUCUAUUCAUACUAGCAGGAAUAUCUCAGUUGUAUUCAUACUUACCAGCCAAAUGCCACCCAAGAAUCAUUGGAAAAAUUGUCCAACUUUAGCCAGAAAGUAAGACUGGACACCGAUACAAUGGCAUGUUAAUCCUAGAUGAGGUGCAGAACCAUAAAAUAAGAAUGUCUAGAAGGGGAAUAUAGGAUCUGUUUCUCCAUCGCACACAUUCUAAGGAGAGAAAUAUAUAAAUUUUAGUAAACAAGUUCAAUUUAAGUAGAUAUUAUGGAAAAAGAUGUUGUGCUUUUUUGUUACAUGGUUACUCCAAGCACCAUUACCACUUAAGUGAUUUAAAGUAGUCAUGGUGCCUGUAGUCUGUACCUACAGAAACGGCUCCUCCUCCGUGCUGCCCAUAUCCUCUUCUCAGCCUGUCCUCCUCCUCCAACUUCAGGAAGGAGGAGUGAUGGCAGCAGGGUUGGAUCGGGGCUGCAGGGAGAACUUGGCCUCGAUGGUGGAUUGGAGGUAUGUUCUUUUUUUUUGUUUUUUUUUUUGCUUUUUGUUGGGGGGUGGGGGGAGUCAGAGUAGGAAGGGUUACUCAAAAAUUUUCUACAAAUACUGGGUUUUGGUUGGAGUAACCCUUUAGGUUUUAUAUAUUUAUACAUUUUAUGUUCUGGAACAGAAUCCCUAUAAGGGAUCUUGAAAUGCUUAAGUAAAAUGUAAAAAAACAAAACAAACCAGCCAUACAAUGUUCCGGUUUAAUUUAUCCCUUUCUUAUUUUAAUUUUCAUGAGCAAAUGGUGCUGAGUGAGUGUUAAAUCAUCUAAACAGAACAAAUUAUUUUUACAUACAACCAUAAAAAAAACAGUUUUCUUAUAAUUUCUCUUUGCACAAUUGUUUUCUUAUCUUUUACAUUAAACUGUCACGUCCCAUCACGGAUAUGUAGAUAAGAUGUGCAUACACACUAUAAAUGACAUGUUCUUUAGUAACUGAAGCAGAGAUUUUCAUGCUGUUGGUGACAUUUAUAGCGUGUUGUGUUUUUGUUUUUCUUCCUAAAAAUGCGGUGAUUCCCUGAUUUUCCUUCACACAAGAUCUCAUAGUUUAAUAAUGAUAAUAUGAAAAGAACAGUAUGUAAUAUAGUCUAAUGUGGCCUCAAUCUUUCAGAGGCAUGUUAUUGAUUAUUGUCAUUUUAUUUAUGGAUUUCAGAAUGCCACUUAUGUUGCCACUAAAUUUCCAUUAACAAAAAAAAGAAGGAUCGAUUAAUGAUUUUAGUACUUGCAAAAACAUAACAUACAGGGAUAUAAUUUCUAAUUAGUGGGGUAAUAGCUGCUUGAUCCAAGGAGACAUCUGACUGCUAUUUUGGGGUCAAGAAGGAAUUUUUUUUCCCAGUUUGUUGCAAAAUUGGAAGCACUUCAGUCUAGUUAUUUUUGCCUUCUUUUGGAUUAACAGCAACAACAUAUGUGAGGAAGGUUGAACUUGAUGGACACAAGUCUCUUUUCAGCUAUGUAACUAUGUAAUGGUAAGUAGCACGUCCAUCAGAUGUCAAACCUUUUGUGACAAUUUAUGGGCAAAUCUCGUUGACAGUGGUUUUGUGUUUUGGUUGAAAUCCCAUAAAGUAAAGAAUCAUACAUAAUGGUACCUGCAAAUGUUCACCUAACAAAUCAAAUUUUUUCAAGACUAAAGCCGGUUUACUUAGACGAGACAAAUAGAACUUGCAAAUUGAUUUCAAGAACUAUAAAGAUGAUAUCACUUACUAGAUUAUAUCCCCAAUCAUCUCAAAGCAACCAAAACCACAAUAAUGAGCAUGCAUAAUGUUAUUAUACCAAAAAAAAAUUUACCAAAAAAAUAUAAAGUUAUUACCUAUGAUUACUCUGAUAGCCAGACCAUAAAUUGGAAAUUCUGGGUACCUGGAUAAUUUUGAAGAUUCUUAAAGUUUGUGGUUUAAAAAUAAUUUACCUAGCUUUAUAGAAAUGCUCGACAUUGUCCAAGUUUUUUUUUUUUUUAGUUUUUUUUUUUUAAAAGAAGACAAAACAGAUUGCAGCAGGUAGUAAAUGGAACUCCACCAGAUAUUUCUUCAAAUAUUUGCAGCAGGAACAUUUCAAACCAGUACAAUGUUAUUGUCCUUGUGUCCUCAUAGGAAUCAGUGAGACCAUAGAAAAAUAGAGCUGCAGGUACUAAUAUUUUUUUUUCAGAAAAUGGACAAUAUUGAUUAUGCACAGCGCAUUGAGUGAUCAGCUGAUGCACUCUGCCAAUGAGCUAAGCCAUGGCGAGGUAACUGAAGCUCCUGCAGAAAAAUUCUCAGUUCUGUGGAGAUGGUACCAGGGAGUGGUGUCUGUCUUACCCUAGGUUAGACAGUUAAAAAAUGGAGACGGCAGUGGGGAACUCUAGACACCAUGACCUACACACCACUAGAGGCACAGUGUUUAAGCAAACCAAAUUCUCACUAUAAAUUUUCAUUGUCACUUUGCUGGAUUUCUACUAUAUAUGAUUAGUUAUCCCUGAGAAGUGGGAAAAAUAAAAUUAAAUGUAGACAGCCACACAUUGUUAUCCAGAAGCUGGGUGCCUCCAUCUUGGUUUCUGUCAAUCAUUGGUAUAAGUUCUGACUUUUGCAAAUGGCAGUCAGCAUAGAGAAAGCAUACAGGGAAGAGGAGAGAUGAAACCAUGUCUUCAAUGCUUGCCCUGGCUUUGCAUCACCUAGACUGAUUAUGAUGUAAUUUGCUAAAUAUUUCAUAAAAAUGGGGGGUGAGGGGAGAGGGGGGGGAAGGAGCAUCUCAUGAAAAAAACAUUAACAUAAGUUAUCAGUGAUUUUCAAUGUUUUCUUCAAUAAUAUAAUUUCCAUAGAAGUGACAGUUCCACCUUACUAAGCAUUAGUGUUGCAUGGUCCAUGUAACGACAGAUUUUUAUAACGUUGUUCAAGCAUAUAGAAUUCUUCUUAAUCAAGCAUGUCAGCGCGCACCUGACUGUGUCUUCCUGGUCGGGAGAAAACCAUUUAAAUUUUUUUUGUGUUUUCUUUUUUCUCCUUGCAGAUGUGGGCGAGGGUUGAUGGGUGACGAAUGACUCCAUGAUUGAAACUUAAUUUUUAUAGUAAGAGUGAGUAACCUGGAAUAAAUUCACCCAGUUAAGUUAUACAGGGUAUAUAUCAGUGGAUUUCCAAUGCCAGUUCAAAAAGAACCAUCAGAAUCGGGUGAUAUGAUGUGCACGGAUUAUUGCCCAUUCCAUGAAAAUGCACAGUUUUCCCGAUAGUCUCUUUCACCUAUGGUGAACUCCCAUGCCAAGUCUGAAAUAAAGGCAGGUGGUACAGUGAACCAAACAUGGAAGAUCAUUCCAUAAACUAUGAAUCGUGUAUAAUCGACUAAGGAAUUACAUUUCACAUUUCAGACUAAUGUAGAGAAGUUGACAGACUUUUUUUAUUUUGGACCAUUUUGAUCAAGCGUUUUCAAUUCCUUGUCAGUUCACUACACUUCCUGGUCCUGCGAAUAAAAACUUUGUUAGUCACUAUCAAGCAGUGUGCUAAGCAUUAUGGGAGUUGUACAGCAAAUGUAAAGAGCUGACAGCAGAUGAAUAUCUAAAGCUGGAUAAUCUGUGAUUAAACACACCUCUGACCAAAUCAGAUCAUUUGAUAAAGCAAAGCUAUAACAAUGUAUCUCAUCACGUAAUUAUAUAGUUAGUUCAGUAUACAUACAUACUACAAAAGGAUUAGACUAGAGGACAGCAGCAAUUGCCAGAAUUGCAGUGUUAGCUAAUUUCCCUGUAGAUAUGGAAAUCAACCUUGAUUCCCUUUCAGAAAUAAUGCAGUUUCUCUAGAGAGGCCAGGGUGCUUAAACAGUCGCCGAAUAAUUUUCCUAAAUGCAAUGCACAUGUAUUUGGAUAAGGACUGUCUGAAAAAUAAAGGAAAUCACUUUAAAAGCCAAAAGUUUAAACAGCAUGAAGAGGCAUUCGAGUAUUACAUUUUUAGAAUCCUUUCAUCUUUGCAGGGGCCCAUGCUGAGCCACAGUAUAUGAUGUGAGUGUGAGCUCCAAAUACUAGAGACACAUUGUCAAGUACAUCGAGUCAGCCAUUAACUUUUUUUAUUUAUUGUAUUUGCAUGGACAAUUCAAACCUUCAUUAUUGUCUUCAACCACUACCGUAGACAUCAGGGUUAUUUUACAAAAAAUAUAAUCAAAUUUUAUUAUAUUUGGCCACAUCUUUUUUCUAACUUCAGAAACAUAACAUAUUUCUUGACCCUCCAUAGUCUCUGUCUCAACAUGAUCCCUACCUCACCAGUACCUCUAAAUCCAAUCUAACUAAUCUCAUUCCCCCCUCUCUAUCUGUGUACCUAUCUCACAGAAAUCUUUGAGAUAUAACUCUAUUGUAGAACAGGACAGCUUCAUUUGAUUCAUAAUGUAACUUGAUACAUUUUUGAAGACCUAUAUAAUUAGAAGGCAUACUAAUACUACAGAGUUGGUGUGUUGGAAAACCUAUUUUUUAAGUCACAAUGGAGUUAUUAACAAAUGGAUCUUUUAAAAAACGCAACAAAACAGGAGAAUUAAAUUAUAGUUUCUCUCGAAGUUCCAUAAAAACUUCAGGUCACUUUGGUGGAUACGGCGUCAGUAUGUCCCUGGUGCUUUCCCCCAGUUUGGUGCCACUUUUUUGAUAUAGUACUUCAUAUUAACCCCUUAAGGACCAAACUUCUGGAAUAAAAGGGAAUCAUGACAUGUCACACAUGUCAUGUGUCCUUCAGGGGUUAAAGAAAAAGUCAUCGUGGAAAGUUCAUCUUGGUAAAUGUAGCUACUGCUGUUGGAAUAUUCUGCAAAUAAUAAUAUUUUAUUAACCUCAGUAAUGUAAUGUUUUUGUUUAAUUAUUAUCUCAAGGAAGCAUGUUUCACUAAAGAUAUACAGCUAGUCAUAUUAAGUUCCAAAACUUAUGGUCAACUAUCCCCUUGUGGACCUCUACCAAGUUUUCAAUAUUUAUCUACGCAAGAGUAUUGCAUGAUUGGAUAGCUCAUCGUGGAUAAAGCCAUCCAAAAAUAUCGGUACCAGUGCAAUUAAAGCAGCAAUAGUUCAUAAUACUAUAACAUUUCUCAUUUCCGUUCUGUUCAAUGAUGACCAACACAGGAUGGUUUUUAUCAGAACAUCUAAUUCCAAGGAACCAAUGAAUGUUAUUUUAGGACAGUUAGCAUCUUCAGCUAUUUAUAAGGAUUUUUUUUUUUUAACCAGCCAUAUUGUUUAUGUGGGUUAAAUAACAUUACAUUUUUUAAAUUCUAUGGCAUUUCUGUUUAGGUUGCUUCGCUUUGACUCUAAUAAACAUGGCCAUCGUAGAGUUUUUAACUGUAUUCAGAUCUAAAUAGUAAAAGUCAAUGCUCGUUUGUGAUCAUGAACCAAGAGAAUGGUGUUUGUGCCUGAAGGAAAAAUACACUUUAUUUAUAUCAGAUCCUCUUGUUAGAUAUUUCGCCCCAGGGGAUGUUCUGCGGAGCAUAGCAGCCAUCGGAUGAAAGAAAUUGCAUGAAGGAGAGUAUUACAAGUUUGUGGUUUUCUGCAUAAUGUAGCUGUAAUCCUUCUGCUUGCCUGUAAAUCAAGUCAAAAAAAUACAACUGCAGAGCCAUUAACUCUUUCAUGUGCUUCCAACUGAAAUUUGUCUGCCAGUCUGCCAACAGACUGUAAAGUCUAUAAACAUUCAAAUAAAUGACAUCAAUUUAAUGUUAGAUUAAAUGUGACUAGGUUAAUUUGGCAAUAGCAUUCUCUAGUGAAAUAUGUUUAGGAAUUCAGGUUAGGUUAGGUUAGGGGAUACACUUAACACUGCGAAUUAAGAAAUAUAGUUACCAUUUUGCCCCGAAAAUAAGACCGGGUCUUAUAUAAAUUUUUGCACCGAAAAAAAGCACUAGGGCUUAUUUUUGGGAGAUGCAUUAUUUUGGGGGAAAACAGUAGCAAGCAUAUGCAAGAGAGCAGGUCUAUAUUCGGGGCAUAGACCAGUUUACUAGGGCAUGGAAUCCGUCACCUACUUUUCCCAGUCCUUGGUUUUGUAGCACAUCUCCUAACUUGGCCUCAAUGUAAUAAGGUUUCCAAAUGAUUCAAUACGGUUACAAAAACUUUCCAAGUGCGAAAACGACAAAAAUUCACAUAGACUUAGUGGUGACUUAUUUAUAUAAAUCUUAUGGAAAGUUUCUAUAAGGGUAUUGAAUCAUUUGGAAAGGUUAUUAAAUUGAGGCUUUUAUUUGCAGGACCUCCCCGAGUAGUCGUCCUCCGUCAAUGUGCCCGCAGAAUUCUGAAACACCAGGCAACCUGUUGCUGUGGGCAGCUAAAUUAUACAUGACACUCCGAAUGUAAACUGUACUAUUAUUCAAGGUAUGUUUUACUAUGUUAUCUUAGAUACAUUGUGUUAGCAGAUUUGCUUAAAAAACAAAAAAAAAAAGAAUAAUUUUUUUGAAAAAGCUUUAUAAAGUUCCCUUUCACUGUGUUGAUGUUGAUGAGUUGGCUGUUAAUCUAGCAUGUUGCAUGUCAUGGAAGAUGUUCAACCUUCUUGAGGAUGUUUUCCUUAAACGUCCAAUUGUGUAGAAAGGGAUCACAUGCGCAAGUGUGCCAAGGCACAGAAUUACACAAGGCGCUUUUAGCAACACAACCCCCCCAUUUAAGUCCUUUCCAACUUGUUUGCCCCUAUUCGAAAUAGAUCAUAACUUAUAUUUGUAAAUUAUAUUAAUUACUAUUUCAAAAAUGUUUGGCUUUUUCAAGUUUGAUUUAUAUGUGUUUGUUGGUAAUUAGAAGAAAAAAAACAGUAGCUUGGCUUUUGCUUUUUGAUGAAUACAAAUGACUUUAUACAUUGGUUUUAAAUUUAUAUUAUUCUUUUAUACUAAAACAUAAAAUAAAAAAAUCCUAGGUGUAUACUUUAGUGAAAUGUGCUAAGAACACCUGUGGAAGGAGAACAUACAUGUUGUAUGCAUCUUUUCUUCCGGCAUGUAGUUUCUCUUAAGAGUCUACGCCUCUUAUCAAUUUACCACUUUAAAACUUUUUUUUAAAAAAAUUAAAAUUAAAAAGUGGUAUUUGCUCAGAUUAUUUUGCUUCUAGUCAGAAUUCUAGAUCUUGACACUUGCUGCAUUUAUUAACAAACAAAUUUUGAAAUUCAGUCAUUAUCGAUCACCUACCAAUUGUGAGGUUGGCACCCCAUCUCAGCCUCUGCAGAUCCAUUGUAUACAUAUGCAGAACUGAACUACAGCACGAGAUGGUUUAUACGCCAGGGAAAUCAUUUAUUUCACCACAAAUAUUUAUCUUGAUAUCCUCUUGAUUGCCUACUGUUACAGUAAUAGAUUAUAUGACCUGUUAACCUUACACUAGUGUUUGACCCAGGCGGAUAGUAUAACUGUUUUAUGGUAUAUUUUGUUCUCAUACCCACAUUCCUUCUAAUGAACAGACUGUACUGAGUUUAGGAAUGUGCUGGUAUUUUAAUUUUUAACAGUGAUCUAAAUGACUCAUACAAUAGCUUUUAUCAAUUUAGAAAUAUUAAUCAAUUAAUUAUCAAAUAAAUGGAGAAGGUAUAUGUGUAAUUCAGAAAAUUACUUUUACACUUAGCAUUUAUGAGUAAAUGUGCUCUGGAAACACAAACUUAAAAAAAAAGGACUUACAAAAAAGAAGAAAAGGUACGAUAAUGGAAAACAUUCAGUCGCAGAAUCUAUAAAAUGCAAGCUCUACUUUUUCCAGGAUUUCAUUUUUUAUGAUCAAAGCCAAUAAAAUUCAGGGGUCAAAUUUAAAAGAUGCCGCUUUCAACAUACAACUGCUAUUUCACAUGUGGUAUACAAUUCUGUGUAAGUUCGUCUUGAAUCCAUUUAGUACACACGCGGCUUAAUGAUACAGAUGAUCUAACACUUCCGGAAAAUGUAUAAAUAAGCAAUUUCUUUCUUUGAAAUCAUAAAGAUGGAUUCACUUCCAAUGUGAGGACGUUCCAGGAUACCUUAAAUUGCGUUAUUUAAAAAUACAGAGCUCUGAGCACAUAUCACUAUAGGCCGCACAUUGAGAUUGUUUGAUAAAUUGAAUAAGAAUUGCCAACUUUCUUCAUACCUCUCCCCUCUCUAUCCCUCAUCCCAUAAUAAAGCCUUUACUUUUACAUUGGUGAAGUGAACAUAUGGCUACUUACAUCAUAGUCUGAUACAUGGAGUUAUUUUCAGUUGCAACAUUUUAUUUCUUCUGUACUAUGUCUCAUUUACGGAUGUUAAAUUAAUUUGAAGCAUUAUGGCUCACGACUGUCCCUCUCCCGUAAUUUCUGCCAUUUAUAUUUUGUUUAAUUUUCCCACUGAAACUGUUCUACCUAGCUUUACUACACAAUGGGAACAGUAACUAAAGAAAGAGAAGUAGGGUGCCAAGAUGGCUUUUUAUAAGAUGGGAUUGAUGAUUGCAUUGUUUGACGGAAGUAGAGUAGACAACUUUAUACAACAAAAAUGUAAAUUAGAACAAGAACAAUAUGUCCUAUUUACACAGACUGAUUUCAAACACAUUUAUUGUAGUUUACAAACAUUACUAUGAGUAUUAUUGCCAUACAGCUCUGUUGUAAAAUCAGACAACAAUAUGGAGCUCCUAGAAAAUAGGGACAUUAGGAUAGAAAAGAGGGACAGAUGGAUUUCGGCCCUAAAGAGGGACACUUGGGAGGUAUGCCAAUGGGACCAGAUAUCUGUGGGGCUUGAGCCAGACUCACUGUGAUUGAGAGUUAGAUAAAUCAAGUUAGUUAAAUCAAUGGAUUCUCCUGCAUGGGGACUUAUGAAAAAAGAAAAUCAGGAUAUUGUCAGGAAAUCUACCGCACUCUGACUGGCUCUAAUGGGACUUGUUUCACACUUUCUACCCGUACACUCUGAUCAGGGCCAUCUUUAACAUUGUUUGGACCCUGGACAAGCAUUUACUUGGGCCCCCUGAAUCCUGGCCUUCCCCCCACACACUUCCACCCCCUGGCAUGCAAUCAUGCCCUCCACCCCAACACAGUGGCAUUGUAGAGAGGGCCCUGGUGCAAGAAAUUUUUAGGGCCUCCCCUCUAGCGCAUGAAUGGAGAAAAGAUAGAUCCUCAUCUGUUGCACAAUUCCCACAAUGCUAUGCCAGCUGGGUAUCUACCAUUUGGCAAUUCUUGCAGGGCUGUAUUUGUGAGUAGUUUUCACUGGCAUACAUACUGUAGUCGCAGUGGUCGCUGCGACCACGGUAUGUACGCCAGUGCGGCCACAUUUUGCCAGCCUCUUCUCAGUGGCAGUGCGUCAAUCUGCUGGUGGGCGGUGUGCGCGAGGGAGCAUUCUCCCCUGAGCUCUCUCUGCCCAGCUCCCUCGGGCACACCGCAGUGAUGCCAGAGCCGGAAUAUGUCACUCCGGCAUCAGUAAGUGGUGCGCCCGACCAGUAGCCCCACUGAACCCCAGGGAAAUCUGGAAUCCCCUCAGCACUCCCAAAGGUAGGGAGGCUGGGGGAUUAAAUUUAAAAAAAAAUGUGAGUGUGUAUGUGUGUUAGUGUGUGUGUGUCAGUGAGUGUGUUACUAUGUGUGUGUCUGUUAUUGAGUGUGUUAGUUGUAUGUUAGUUAGUUAGUUUGUGUGUGUGUGUGUGUGUGUCUGUUAGUGCGUGUCUGUUAUUUAGUGUGUGUCUGCUAGUGUCAGUGAGUGUGUUAGUUUUUGUGUGUCAGUGAGUGUGUGUUACUGUGUGUGUGUGUGUCUGCUACUGAGUGUGUUAGUUGUGUGUUUGUGUGUGUCUGUUAUUGAGUAUGUGUGUUAGUUUGUGUGUGUCUGUUAGUGUGUGUCUGUUAGUGAGUCUGUUUGGUGUCUGUUAGUGAGUGUGUGUUUGUCAGUGAGAGUGUAUGUUUUGUAAGUGAGUGUGAAUGUGUGUCUGUCUGUCAGUGAGUGUGUAUGUAUGUCUGUCACUGAGUGUGUGUCUGUUAGUAAAUGUGUGUGUCUGUUUAGCUAGUGUGUAUGCAUCUGUUCGUGAGAGUGUGUGUGUGGUUAAAACCCCUUCAGCACUUACACUUACCAGGCUCCCUUGGCACUGGGGAUCUCUCCGCCCUGAUCCGCCUCUCAGCUCUGAAUACGCAUGCGCAGCAAGAACCGCGCUCGCAUUUAAACCGCCCAUAGGAAAGCAUUACUCAAUGCUUUCCUAUGAACGUCCAGCGUCUUCUCACUGAUUUUCAGUGAGAAUCGCAGAAGCGCCUCUAGCGGCUGUCAGUGAGACAGCUACUAGAGGCUGGAUUAACCCUCAGUGAAACAUAGCAGUUUCUCUGAAACUGCUAUGUUUUCAGCUGCAGGGUUAAAACUAGAGGGAUCUGGCACCCAGACCACUUCAUUGAGCUGAAGUGAUCUGAGUGCCUAUAGUGGUCCUUUAAGUGUAUGUGUAUCUGCAUGCACUGGCGUACAUACUGCGGUCGCAGGGGUCGCAGCCCUGUGACCAUGUGUUGCGGCCCGGCCCGCGCAGAUGGUGUGUUUGAUUGCUGGGAUGUAUGACAUACAUUCACAGAUAUACAUACACAUUAGCACACUGAUACAUGCACACAUCUGGACACAUGCACACGCUGACAUAAACAGACUGGCGUAUACACACACAGACACAUACAUACAUACACACACACACACAGAUAAAAACACUGGCACAUCCACACACAGAGAUACACAUAUCGCUCUCUAUAUGUGCAGCUGCGGGCCCCCGGCUCCCUGUUACUGCAGAGGGGGCCCAGCACACUGCUUCUGCACAUUCCGAUGCUCUCUUCCAAUAACUCUCGCGAGUCCAGAGAGGGGGGAGAUUCCAUUCCCUGGUGGUCCAGUGGCAUGGUGGGGCCCCUGGCUCCUUGUUACUGCAGAGGGGGCCCAGCACAUUGCUUCUGCACAUUCUGGUGCUCUCUUCCAAUAACUCUUGCUUGCGUGCCGCGCGGAGCAUUGCCAUGGUAACCCGUGGCAACGCUCAGAAAGCCGCGGGUCUCGCGAGAGUUAUUGGAAGAGAGCAAUAAUUUGAUUUAAUGCAACACACACACUGCAUACACUAAUACAACACACACACUGCAUACACUACCCCGACACACACUCUGCAUACACUAAUACAACAUACACACUGCAUACACUAAUACAACACACACUCUGCAUACACUAAUACAACACACACACUGCAUACACUAAUACAACACACACUCUGCAUACACUAUUACAACACACACUCUGCAUUUACUACACAUUAACACACACACUCUGCAUUCACUAUACAUUAACACACUCACUGCAUCCACUACACUGACACACACUCUGCAUUCGCUACACUAACACACACUCUGCAUCCGCUACACACUAACACACUCUUAGCAUUCACUACACAUUAACACUCUGCAUUCACUGCACUAACACACACUCUGCAUUCACUACACUAACACACACUCUGCAUUCACUACACUAACAUACACUCUGCAUUAACUAUACACACAGCAUCCACUACACAAACAUCCUGUAUUCACAGUACACACACUACAUCCACCACACAUUGAAACACUCUGCAUUCACUAUACAGAGACACUGCAUCUAAUACACACACUACAUCCACUACGGACACUGCAUUCACUAAACACAUUGCAUCUAGUACACACAAACACACACUACAUCCACUACUCAAACACACUCUGCGUUCACAAUACACACUGCAUCCGCUACACAAACACACACUCUGCAUUCACUGCACAAACAGUAUCUAAUACACACAAACACUACAUCCAUUACACACAUUCUAAUUUACUUCCACUAUACACACCACAUUCAGUCCUGCAUCAUUGACAGCGGACUAGGUAGGGCGUGGGCGGGCCCGGGGGGACGGAGGGAGAGUGGGGGGGGGGCAGACCUUGUGCUUUGUCAGGGGCCCCAAAAUUUCUGAUGGCAGCCCUGAAUGUGGCUGCAAAACAAGCCCAAAUCAUCCCCCCUCCACCAAUGUGCUUAACAGUUGGUAUGAUGUUUUUCUGCUGAUAUACUGUUUAGUUUUCGCCAAACGUGGUGCUGUCACUAUGGCCAAGCAUUUCCACUUUGGUCUCGUAUAUCCAAAGGACAUUGUUCCAGAAGUCUUGUAGCUUGUUCAAAUGCAACUUUUCAAACCUAAGCCGUGCUAUUAUGUUCUUUUUAGAGAGAAGAGGCUAUCUCCUGGCAACCCUUCGAAACAAACUAUACUUGUUCAUACUUUUUCUAAUUGUACUGUCAUGAACUUUAACAUUUAACAUGCUAACAGAGGCCUGAGGAGUCUGAGAUGUAACUCUUGGCUUUUUUACAAUUUAUCUGAGCAUUGCCUUGGGGUGAAUUUGCUGGGACUGACACUCCUGGGAAGAUUGUCAGUCACUACGGACACUGCAUUCAACUGUCUUGAAUGUUUUCCACUUUUGAAUAAUCUUUCUCACUGCAGAAUAAUGGACUUUAAAUUUAUUGGAAAUGUACUUAAAACCCUCCCCAGCUUCAUGGGCAUCAACAAUUGAUUCUCUAAGAUCAUAUCUGAUGUAUUUCCUCCUUUGCAUUGGGUUAAAACACACCUGAAUGCUCAAGACCAGCAAACUGCUAAAACUGUGGCUUUUAUAGAGUUGGUCACACUUGCUGUUGGUCAAUUAAUCAAUAAACGGAAGCAGUAAGGGUGUAUUUUUCACACGUGGCUUCUUUAUUUUGGAUUUAUUUUUUGUUGUUAAUCUGAGUUUGUAUAUAAUAUUAAGGCCUGCUAAGGAACAUGUCCUGAUAUGUAAAACCAGACUUCUAAGAGGGUGUAUUUUUUCCCCACAUGACUCUAUAUUACUCUCAGAAUUACAUAAAUUACAACUUUAAUAAGCGGUGUUUCUCUCAUCUGUCGAUCAACUCUUCGGCAUAAACUUGUGUAUUGUAGAACUGAGUUAAAGGGUGAGCAGGAGACACUCUCUACUGACAGUCAUCAUGCUCUCCAAGCAGGCCUAUACUGACCAUUGGGCAUACCGGGCAAAUGCACGGUGGUCAGUGAUGGCCAUGGGCCGAGGCAGACCAGGGAGAUCAAUAGAUCUCCCCUGCCGGCCCAUACAGAGCCGUGCUAUCGGAGUGCCGACCCUGUUGUGUGCCUUCAUGGGCCGGUGGGGAGAUCAAAGAUCUCCCUCACUGGCCCACAGGCACUUUACAGAACAGCCGGCGGGAGGAAGGGAGAGCGUGGAGGACCCAGGAGCUAUUAGCUCACAGCUCCGCCGGGUUUCUUUCGCAAGGUCGGAGCAUUGCCAUGGCAAUGCGCCGAUCUCCUGAGAGUGAACUCCAGGGACUGUAAACUCACUCACUACUGUGGCCAUCAUGGAUUUCCCACUGGACCACCAGAGCUGGCAGCAAAGUCCCCCCUUCCAGGCAAAGGUAAGAAGGUAGGGGGGGUAUUAUUAUUAUUAUUAUUAUUUUAUUAUGUAUAUAGCGCCAACAAAUUCCGUAGCGCUGUACAAUGGGUGGACUAACAGACACAUAAUUGAGAUCAGGCCACUGACGUACAGGAACAGAGGGGGUUGAGGACCCUGCUUGAUGAGCUUACAUGCUAGAGGGAGUGGGGUAUAGUGACACAAAGGGUUAAAGUAGGGGAAUUAAAUAGUUUGUUACAGAAGGGUUUAUUGAGUGCUUGGUAGGUCAUUUUUGACAGGUGCAGGAACGGAGUCAUGGGGUGGGGGAUGAGAAACCUGCUGACAGUUUAAUUGAUACGCUUUAAUGAAGAAGUGAGUUUUCAAAGAUUUUUUGAAGGAAUGGAGGCUGGGUGAAAGUCUGAUUGAGGAGGGAAGGGAGUUCCACAGAAUAGGUGCAGCCCUGGAGAAGUCUUGAAGGUGAGCAUCAGAGGUGGGGAUCCGGGCAGAGGAUAGGAGUAGGUCUUGGGCUGAGCGCAGGGGUCUCGACGGGACAUACUUGUGUAUGAGGGAGGAUAGGUAUGUUGGAGCAGCAUUAUGUAGGGAUUUGUAAGCAAGCGCCAGAAUUUUGAAUUGGGCCCUAUAUCUAACUGGAAGCCAAUGCAGGGACUGACAGAGCGUGGAGGCGUGGGAGGUGCAACCGGACAGGAAAAUAAGCCUCGCAGCCGUAUUAAUUAUAGAUUGCAGUGGUGCAAGCUGGGAACAUGUAAGACCGGUGAGAAGGGGAUUGCAAUAGUCAAGCUAUAGAUAUAAGCUAUAUAUUUAUUUAAAAAAAAUAAUAAUACAUAUACAUAUUUAUAUUACUCUAAUCUUCCCCCCACUGCACCCCUGACCCCCCCCACAAGCUGCAAGCCCCCCAGAAAAGUUUUAAAUUUCCAUUCCGCUAUUACUAAAAAAUAAAAUUAAAUUAAAUCCCUUGUUACAUGUCAUUCUUCUAAUAUCAUCUACUUACUGUGGUGUACUUGUGGUCUACAAUAUACAGGCAAGACAUCUAGACCAUUAAAAGUUAAGUGAACAUGAGUGAGUGAACAUGUCAGAAAUAUUAGAAAAGGUUUUCUAAAUCAUAGCUUAUCCCUGCAUUUUUUGGAGCAUCAUAUGUCUAACCCAAGUCAUCUAGAAUUUUGUGCACCAUUGGAAGGGAGGAAAAAUUGUUAAGAUAUUAUUAAGAUAUUAAGUAUCCAGGCGUCAAAAGUGGAUAUUUGAGUUGCGUACUCUAACUCCUAAAGGAUUACAUAUUGAUUUUGAAAUCAAUAUUAUUCUAUAAAAUACUUUUUAUAGGGAUUGGAUUGUAAGAUUUUAUAAAAGGUUCUUUUGCUCUCACCCCCUCCCCACCCCCUUUUAAAACUUUUAUAAUGUUUAAAGUUUUUAUUAAAAAAAUUUUUUACAUUUAAAAGUUUUGGAGUCUGGACUUUAAGUUCAAAGUAUUUCACCUUAUCUUUUAAUGUAUUUUUGCACAUACUUGUUUUAUCUGGUGGUUUUUAUGUUUAACAUCCUCCUCAAUGUAUUUUGUUGUUAUAUCCUCUCUUCUUAUAAUCCUUACCUUUUUUAGUCUUUUUAUAAGUAUAAUAUAUUUAAUUAUUGUUUUUUGUCCUUUUAACUUUAUGCAUAUGUUGGGACUUUAUACCAUGUUAUAAAUGGCACAAUGCACAAUGCUGGCACCCGUCGGAUGUGAAUAGCCUAAAAAGAAUAUGUCACCGGAAAUGAUGCAACGGACUAUCAAGCUGGAACUGAACAUGUCACAGGAUGUGACGUGACGGAUAUCCACACGAUCAUUAGGAUCUCAGAUAAUUUGGAAAAUAUUCAUAACUAUGUUUUAAAUAAUAGUGUUUUUUUUAUUCAUAGGAUUAUCUAUUAUUUAUAGAUACUCCAUUCCUCUGUAUGUAUUUUUAUGCAUUUAAGACCACCAAUAUGGUGGUGAAAUAUGUCCGAAACUGAAGCGCCGCCAUUUUGGGGGUGGUAGAGUGCGCAUCAGGACCGGACCACAUAUGGAAAUAGUAGUAUCGUAUGUAACGUGUGUUUGAUUGUUUUUAUUGUUUAAUUGAUAUACCCAUAAAAAGCAUGUUUAUGCCAGUGGAACAUUCAGCAGCACCUGAGGAAGACCCUUUUUUUGUGGUUGAAAUGCAUAUUAUUUAAUUUUUUUGUAUUUGGUUUUCUAUAUACCAAUAAAAAAAAAAAUCACUUUUAGUCACCUAUUUCCAUUUUUGGAGUUCCUGAUUUCAACUUCUUACAUCCAAUCAAUAGAGAAAAUCUUCCCAUGUCCAUAAAGGAGACAUAUAUGCUCUAUAAGUUCAGAGCCAACUUUAAUGGGCUCAGAAAAUUGUGAGUGUUUUGAGUUUUGACCUCUUCUCACAAAAUAUUUAUACAGAUUACACUAUGUUGUGUUUUAUUUUUAUCCUUGUAUAGGAACUAUUCACAUAAUUUCUUUCAAGUGUAAUGUACAUAUAAGGUAAAAUCUCCUUUAUUGUGUGCGCUUCCCCCUCUUAAUCUUUACACUAGUGUCUUACCUACCGACUGUCGAGGAUACUUUAUCAGAUGAAAACCCUACAGUGAAGAACGCCUUUUGUGUGGUUCUGCUAUCAAAAAAAGUGUUUUUAAAUUUACCAGCAAGUUUUUACUAUUCGAGGGUUGAAAAUACUAAAAUAAAAUCAGAGCAAUAACCAAUAUCUGAGCCUUUGUGUUCCAUUGCGGUUAGAAAUGUUUUGCUCACUGACCUCUCUGACAGGGUUAAACCAUCUGCAAACAAAUGCAUUCAAUCAUUGCCAAUUUCAUGACAAAAAUAAAGACUUAAUUUAGAUGUCGCCAUCGUUUUUUUUUUUUCUUUCUAUUAAUUUUCUUCCUAAAGUCUAUUUUCAUGGAACACAAAGUAUCAGUUUUCCAGUUCUACUGGGAAAAAAGUAUUUAACUGGGCAGAUGAAGACAAAUCUAAACAGAGCUUAGUUCUAUCAAACAGUGAGCAAGCAAAGCACAUGAGAUGGAGUCAUAACUGGAAAUGCUCUGGACAAAGUGAUAUUAUUAGCUCUGAUCACAACCUAACCAGAACAGUCGACAGCGUUCAUGAAGGUUGAAUUAGUGAGAAGGAUCACAUAUUAACAUUAUGCUAUUACUAAUACAGUGACAUCAUGAAGGCAGAGAGUCUUCCUCGAUCUAUGAUAAUUUAUUUUUAUCUUGUAAAUUAACAUUUUGCUGUGAUUCAGUCAUUAGCUGUCUGUAGCUAUGUCCUAAUGAGUAAUUGAUAACAUGUUUCUGUCAAUUUACACAAAAUAAUUUCAUUUUAGGUUAUUGUAAGUCAUGGAUGUUCUCAGUGUCCUAAACAUUGGCUUUUCCUUGCCUUGUUGACAUCCUAACCUGUGGGACAGUCCUUAUUGUCACAUUUGUUCAGGUUUUAAUAUCGGUUUUUCUGCUCCUGGGGACACCAGAAUUCUGGUAAACUACAAAGUAAGAACAAUAUUAAAGUUUGAGGCUACACAAAGCUAUUCUAGCACAGGGAAGCGAUUGAACAGUCCUGCUAGCUAUUUUGAGGGACUAUUUGUAAACUUGGCGGACACACAUUGUAAUAUAUGCUCCCUUUAGAGCCGUGCUUGCACCUAUGCUUUAUAUCACUGGAAUGCCCUAGGCCAGCCGUACCCAUGUCUCUCCAGGGGGCUUGUUUCAUACAAGCCAGCUUGUAUAGUGUUGUGGUGGAUUUGCUAUGAUAAUUGACACAAAAGUGUGCCAUUUCUCAACUUAAAUGCUAAUUAGCGAGGCAGAAUCCUUGCAAAGGAACAUGAACUUUGUCCAGACUUUAAACACUGCACUGUAAUCAUUGCAUCUGAUUGUAAGUUUAGCGCUUAAGCACUUAAUUAACCUAUAAAUGAAAGGAAAGGAGUGUGGUUAGGAGUCCAGUCAGGUCCAGUGUUCUACAACCUGAAGCGAAAGGUACUCUCCUAAUGUUCACAUAGAAACACUGUUCCUGUGUUACAAAAUAGAGUAUAGAAUGCCACGGUUAGUACAUUAUUGGGAGGUUUCUGUCAAUCACCUAGAGAACCUGCACAUCCAUUGGGGUUAUACAUUAAAGGUCUGAAUUUAUAACUAAUUCAGAAAAAAAAUCAUACAGGACAAUUCAUACUUCUGAUACAAAAAUUCAGACAUAGUUCACUAAAUUCAAAAACAGAGUGAGGCUAUGUCCAUCAAAUAAUAAUAAUAAUAAUACCAUCAAAUAAGCCCUAACCCUCCGGGACAAUAAAACUGCCCCCAAAUACAGUACUAAAGCCUUAAAUAGCUCAGGAAUUACUGAUGCAUUAUUCCAAAAUAAUAAUCUCCAGCAGAAUAUAUAAUAAAAGGGGCUUUCUAAGCACCAUAACCACAACAGCUCCUUUAGUUUUUGGGUGCUGUCUCCCUGCGUUUGGUCAAACCAAUUUUCAAAUAGUGAUAAACAUACAAGUCUGCCGGGACACUUGCUGGACACUGACAAGAUGGAUUGCAAUCUGUGAACAAUGAAAGCAAGGGGCAGUAUGACUACAAAUGAGUAAAUAUAUGUUUGUAUAUAUACACACAAAAAACUUAAAGGUUAUUCAAAACCAGCAUAUCUCACGUUAUACUAUGAGAUGUCCUUCUUGGGCAUAGAAACGUAAGAAAUCGUGUUUCUGCAGCUAUCCCAGAGUUUCCAGCUUGACGUGUAAAUGAGCAUAGAGGCAUCACGUUAAACAUACUCACAACGCGUUUCACCUAUUUCAAGUGAAAACCGUGAAAAAGCCUAUGGGUAAAAUGCAUUGUGAUUACCGUAUAUAGAAGGACUUUUUUUUUCAAUCUGUUUUUAUUUUGAGUGGUAUAUUACAGUAAACAUUGUUUUUACCCUCAAACAAAUUUUUAUGUUUAUUUUUUUAUGUAUUUUUUAUCCUGCAUUUUUUUUUAUUAAUCUAAAGGAACCUCCACAUCUACCUACAUAUAUCUUUGGUGGGGAUCAUACUACCCAAUCUGAUAUCAUUAAGGAAAAGGUGCUCUUGAAAUUGUGAGUAGAUUUUAUAUAUUUUUUUAAAAAGUACUACUGUUUAAAACAGUGAGCACUAUAUCUUGUUUUAUUCCUUUCAUAUGCCAUCUACAUUAUGAACAUCAAAAGUGGACAUCUCCAGAUUUAUCCUUGAGCGGGGAUUAUACCCUUUAGAGCCCUAUUGAAGAGCUGAAUGGAAUCUUUCUCCUUGUGAGUGUAUUUUAUCUUAAUUUUACCUAAGACAUUGUACAUACUGGAUUACACUAGCGGUGGUUUCUUUAGUGUUUUAUUUCCUAUGAGACACCAACAACAGAAUUCUUCAUCUUCACUAAAGUUUUGUCUUCUUGAACACUAAGGAGGAUACGAGACUGACCUCCAAUAAAGAACCUUAUUCUGCUGCCUUUGGAGUUAGCGCUGUAUCUCCCCUUCUUUUUUUUCCUGUUGUACAUGGAGCAGAAUGAUGUUAUUGGAAAUGUGGCAGUUGGGUCAGUAAGGUACUUUAUAAUUACUUGGGGCUUAUAGAAUAUGUGAGAGAACUAUGGCUCAGGUGUGUAAAUGUUUCACAUGGGGAAGUCUGCACUGGCUAGGAUAGAAGAAAAACCUCAAAAUGACAUACUCAAAAACAAGAUUGUAUGUUCAUGAGAAUCAACAAUGUUUUUUUCCCCUUAAAUUGUGAUUUCUAAAAAGUGAGAGUAGCCAGCAAGCGAAUACAAAAGAACUGCUCCCAAUGGAAGCCUUGGUUUCCCAGACCUCCUAACCUACUAUAGAGCAGCAAUCCUCAACACGAUAUCGCUACUUAAACCAUCGACAACUUCCCCUCAGUGGUUGCAUAUUGAAUCCUACUGGCCUAAACGGAUAAAAUUGUACACCCAUCUCUGGACUUCGGCAAGCCAUAGACCAUCCUCGCACCACCUUUUUUCCACAUCACAAUUACUGAUAGAGAUAUGGGAUGUGGUCAAGAGUGAUCUAUUGUAUUUUCACCCACUAUCUCUAGGAACCCCGAUAGAAUCAAUAGCCCAGAUGAUUCCCAUGUUCAACAAAAACUUGUGGAUAGGUCAUGGCAUAAGAGACAUAGCACAAUUGUAUAACAAUGGAGCCUUGCUGCAGUUCCUAGACUUAAACUAGCACCCCAAACCCCAUGUUUUCAUACAUUUAAUUAAAGUCAUGUUUAACUUGCACAAAACCAAAGACCAACAACAACACACCAGUCAAACUGCUAUCCCUAAAAGAGUGAUCUCACUAAGCAACCAACUACUCAUAAACACAUACGAUAACACCAGAGUCACAUAUAUGCAUGCUUGGUGCAGGAAACUAGGCCGCAUCAUAUCUGAAGAAAAAUGGAUAAAGGCGUACUCCUCACACAAAGGAGUUACAUCAUGCUCCAACCACUUAGAAUUGCAGAGAAAACUGCUGUACCCUUAGUACUUAGUACCUGACAAAUUAUACUGGAUAUGGCCCCUUCUUCCAGCAAGUGCUGGAGGUGUGGAGAACAAGUAGGGACCAUGCUACAUAUUUUGUGGUCGUGCGUGACCUUAUAACCAUUUUGGCAGAGGGUAAAAAAACUUGAAAAGGAAAAGAACUAGAAAAGGAAACACAUGAAUCCAUGGACCUCAUGGUGGAUAUGUACAUACUGUUCAUGUGCAUACUGUUCGGAGGGGAUACCGAAAUCCCAAUGGGCGGCCAUUGAUCAAAUUCUCAUAUCAGCUGCCUUGGUGAUUUCCAGACUGUGGAAAUACUCUACACGACCUAGCUAUAAAGAAGUCACCAACCAAAUUAACCUGAACUGGACAUACAAACCUAUAUUCGCAGCAAAAUUUGGAGCAAGGAGAGUCCUAACCAAAGCAAACCUUAUGUGGAAAGAAUACGGAUCCACCAACCAAACAUAAUACAAGGAAGCUACCCAGGAACUAGAACAUCUUGGGGUUUGUCAGCCAUAUACCUACAAGUGAGGGAAAUACAGGGUUUACAAUUGUGCUUGACUGCAGUUGAGUUUGGUUACACAAUUACUCCUGGGAAAACCAGAGCGUCUAGGAUAAUGAGGCUAAGCCUACCCACAUAGACAUGUGAAUGCCUCCACAAAAAUAAACGGAAUGGACAGCCCAAGUGCUACAGGACUCAAGAUUUAUAACCCCUAAGCUAUACGACUAUAUCUCAAACAUAUAGAGUUCCCUACCCUAACCAUCCCCUCAUUCCCUCCCUCUUCCCCCUUUUGUUUUUCAUUUUCCAUUCUACUGGUUAUUCCUCUAUCAACAUUAAGCGGUUAAGUAAGAAGCUUAAUAUAAGGGGAGAGAAAUAACAGGAGUCAAAAUGGUAUAAGCGAUCAAUUAACAAUUGAGUCACAGACCGAUCUGCACUGUUAGCCUGAUAGAAAUGUUGGUUGGAGAUGUAGAUUAUUAUUAUUAUUGCCAUUUAUAUAGCGCCAACAGAUUCUGUAGCACUUUACAAUAUUAUAAGAGGGGGGAUUUAACUAUAAAUAGGACAAUUACAAGAAAACUUACAGAAACGAUAGGAUGAAGAGGGCCCUGCUCAAAUGAGCUCACAGUCUAUAGGAUGUUAUAAAUGUACAUGGCUUCUACUUGUAUGACAAGCAUAUUGUAUUCUAACACAUGUGACAAUAGUUAAAUACUGUAUAAUGCACAAAUGAAUAUUUGAAGACGUAGCACAACCUGUUAAACUGAACAAUAGGAAACGGUCAAAAAGAAUUGUACAGUAGAACAAUGUAUGCUUCUGUGUUUCCCCAUCCCCUUUUUUUUCUGUAUCCUAAUCUUAAAAUCAAUAAAAAUUGGCAAAUUUGAAUUUUGGGGGGGGGAUUUCUCGGUGUACAUACAUGAAAAUAAAUGUACACAAUUGCUUUCUUUUGGUAGUUAAACAUUUGGGUUUUCACCAGGAAUUGUGUUUAGUGAAUAUAGAAGCACUGUUGCUCACCAUGUAUAACCAUUAGGUCCUCAAUGAUCCUCUAUGAAAAAAGGUAAGUAAAUAAUUUAUUAAUUAAUUAAUUUUAUGGUGCACACAAGGGAGGCGGGGGGAACCUAUCUAACUAGAAACAGGUUUGUACUGCAAUGCUUUAGUGGUCCUGUAACACAGGUUAAAGGUAAAUACUAGUAAAGUAAUAUGUUUCCCUGUAAACAAGCGUCACUGACUGUACAAAACACAAACUAGGAAAAUUCUAUGUACCUCCACUAAUGCUCCUGCAGUGUUCUCUUAUACUGUAGAAGUCAAGCAGUGUGCAGAAGUUUGAUCUUCAGCAGUGGUUAAUUCUUGCUUAUAAUUUAUCCUUGUACACUGUUUUUCAUAACACAAUUUACAAGCUCAAAUUCCUGAUCCAGAGAGCUUAGAACAAACACAUGCUACUAGGGGAACAUCGGAGUAAAAAAUUAGGUGACUUGACCAAAUGCCUGGUUUUUGUCUUGGCAACUUUAACCCUUAGACGGGCUUUACUCUCCAAGUGCUGGAGAGACCUGUCCCUGAGUACACGGCUGGGUACAAAAGGUUCACACAAAAAAAAUAAAGAAAAAAACAACAAAAAAAACAAAAAACAUGAAAGGUUUAUAUUUAAAUGAAUAACAAUUACAGUAUCCAGAUCUACAAUGCACUGUUUGUUUCUCUCAUGCUGGAUUCCCAUUGUAUCCUUGUCAGGAGUAGCUUCCAUUCAGCACCUUGACACCAGAUGGGAGAUCUGGCAGGCUCGCCUGUUCCCUUGUGUAAUCCAAACCAGUGCCUCAUUUCACAGAUAUGCUCAAAUUCUGCUGGCCCUCACUCAGCCUUCUGAUCUCCCAUUCAGCCGCUCUGCAGGUUUCAGCCAGAUCACUGGCACAGAACUAUCUCUGCUCCUACAGGAACACCAGUGGCUGCAACAAAGCAGAAAUAAUCGAAAUCCCAUUUCAGCCUGGUUUUAUGAGCAUUUCAUCCAGGGUGGCUGUGGAUGA